CUCUGUUCUCUAUAAACUGAUUCAGUGCUAAGGUAUUUCAGCAAUGUAUGCUGAAUGUAGUCAUCCCUUUAUAAUUUUAUAAUUAAUGUUCUUUAUAUCUGCAAUAUAAGAGAUAUGACACACAACAAAUGGGAAUAGGACAACUUAACCCUGUCCAAACCAGCACAGGCUAAAUAUCGUAAUUUAACUCCCUUCAUAAGAGUCCGUGUCCCUUUAAACAGGCGAUUUAUAAUAUCUUUUUUUUUCUUUUUUUCUCUCUCUCUCUUUUUUUUUUUUGCAGAGUCGGAUCCUUCCGCUUGCCUCGGAUCGUAGCACCAGCAGAUCCCUCCGCCUGUAGAGCAUCCUGCAGUGGGAGAGUGGCUUGUAGCCCCCCGGGUUAUAGAACCAUGGGAGCCUGGGGUCUCAGCCUGGGGGUCCUGCAUUGCCUGGGGGUCUACCUGCAGCUGAGCGCCGGGGAUAAACACAACGCAGCUGAUGGUAAUAGAAUAUUAAGUGAAAUGUCUAUUCUGGGGACAGACUAAUAUGGGGGUUCUAAUAUUGGUGGGCUGAGUUUUGGGGGUCCCUGUGUAGGCUGGUAUGUGAUUUUUUGGGGUGUCUAGGAGAAUCCAGCACUUGUAUCAAUUGGUUCUGGGUUUUUAAGAAUUUGGGGGGCUUCUAUAGUGCUUUGGUAAUAUUUGAUAUAAUAUAGAUUUUGGGGAGGGGGGCUACUUAUCUUAGUUUUGGGAAUGGGGGUCUCUAAAUCUCUAGGGUCUAUUUUUGGAAAUUCUGUAUACUGCCUUGAAUGCUGUGAUGGGGUAUUUAAUUGGCAAAGUAGAUAUUGUAGGGUUUCUGUAUGACAUAAAGCAUGGUUUAAAUGUUGGGGUGAUGGCUCUGUAUAAGUGGGUUCUGUUUAUUGCCGUAAAGUUGUCUCUAAGGUGCAUUCCAUUGGCUAUUUUUAAAGAUAUGAGUUAUAUUGAUAUAUGUUAUUUAAGGGGUGUAAUAAGUGUAUGCAUGCAAAAUGUUAUAGUAUAUUAUUGCUAUAUAAAGGCUAAUGGUAACGAUUUAGAAUUUCUACAAAUCUUGGAAAACACUUUAAUAGAAUGUUUAUCAUCUAACCUUGUUAGGAAUGUUCAAUCAUUGAACAAAUAUUUAGUAUUUUUUUGUGGUGCUCUUAGUAUUGAUCCAUAUUAACAUUAUUUUAGUAUCUUGAUGUCUAUUUCAAAUUAUUGAAUAUCAAAAUGAACCAGAGUAGAUUAUGAUAUGGGUAAUAACAUAGUGUGAGAUUGUGUUUUUUUUUUAAAUGUAUUUAUUUAUUUUUGCUUUUUAAAGCUGUUCCUAAUAAAUUUCCCAAAAGAAGCAUCGUCAGUAUCCGAUUUGUAUUCGAUUUAGUAAUGUCCUAAACUAAAAAAAGAAGUGUGUGUUUGUUAUUGAAGCUUUGUGAUACAGAUUGGGUAUCUGUCAUUGAGAUAUAUGAUAAACAUUAAUCUAUCCAUUAUUUUGUUGUAUGAUAAAGACUAAUGUAUCUGUUAAUGGCAGCUUGAUAAACGCUAGCAUGGCUGUUGUUAGGAGCAUGAUAAAGACUACUGUAUCUGUGCUUGGGGGUGUGAUAAAAGUAAAAUUAGAAACAAAGACGAUUAGCGUCUCUGUUAUUGAAGGUAUGAUAAAAAUAGCAUAUCUGUGAUUAGUGUGAAAGAUAUGGACUGACUAAAAUUUAAUUCACUGGAUUACAGGAUAAAAACUAGUACAUUUGAUAGACUAGAAAAUCGAAUAUUGGGCUGUGUGAUAAAAAUGGCUAGUAUGUGUGUUAUUGGGGGUAUGAUAAAAACUAUUAUUAUCUCUUAGUAGGGUUCAUUAUAAUAUGUUAAUGUAUUCUACUAUACCAUGAACCCAAUGUAUCUGUCAUUGGGCGUACGAUAAAGACUAGAAUAUCUGUUAUUGGGGCAUGUAAUAGAGAUGAAUAUAUGUGUUAUUGAUAAGACUAGUAAAUGUGGUUUUGGUUGUGUGAUAAAGACUUGUAUAUCUUCUAUUUGGGAGAGUGUGGUAGAGAUAAAAUAAUCAUUAUAUAUGUUUAAUUUUAAUGAUAACACUUCAUUUGGGGGCAUGGUUAUUAUUAAUGAUAAAAGUGAAUAUAUUAUUUAGUUGCCAGUUAUUAUCUUGUAGGAUACAGAGUAUAAAUGCUGUUAAAUUGGGCUGUAGUAGAAGCUGUGGUGGCUGUUAUUGGUGUGUAUAUGUAAAUGAGAUGGUAUUAUAUGCUAUCCGAGAGCGUGAUAAUGAUUUGGAAUGACUAUUAUUAGAAAUAACAAUUUUAACUUAUGUUCUGGAGGAUGGAAACUGGGACAGUUUAUUGUGUGUGUUAUUAAGAGCGCAAUUAAUAUUGGAACAUAAUUACUGAGAGGUGUGAAAAAGGCUUUCUCCAUGACACCCCCUCCACCUGCUAAAAAAUUUUUUUUUUUGCAUUAUUAGCAAGUAAGGAAAUAUAUCUAUUUUUGAAGAUCAAAGGCUCCCAGUUUUCAUUUUUCAGUCACUAUGGUUUGGAGUGAAUUUGAGGAAUUUAACAAAUGUCUGUAAGGCCAAGAGCUGACAUCACUGUUUAAGCUGGUUUUCAAACCGUUUAGAAUUGUUUUUUAAAUACAUUUUCACCAAUAGACAUACCUUGAGUAUAUACUUCGUAAGCUCCUCCGUUUAUUUAAAUAGAUCACUUCACCUGUGUUGGAACCCCUUGUACAGUUGAAGACGUUGUUUUAAAACACAUUUACCCCCCCAUGAGCACAACUCCCAAAAUAGAAAAUACCAAUAUUGUUUGAGAGCAAUGUUGCCAUGUCCAUUGGACUACAUUCUUUUUGAUGAACACUUAGCAUGUUGGAAUAAAGAUAUUCUAUAUGCGCAAUUAGUUCAUUGCAAAACUAUUAUUUUCUAUCAGCCCAUAUUUAAAAUAUUUGUUUAUUGGUGUCGUGUUAUAAACCAGAGGUUUUUUAAUACAAAUAAUGUUGGCUAAGAACGGGAUGGAUACUCUGAUCAAAGAUAUGGGUUAGAUAGAUUUAUUCACAAAAUUCUGAGCUUUGGAACACAAAGUCGUGUUUAGAAAAUGUAGGCAGAAUGAGAUGAAGAUGAAUUAUAGAUUCAGUUGACUUGACACCUGCUCAGCUAGAAAGUUUACAUUUCCCCCAAAUUAAGUAUCCAUUGAUCUCUAAUAGAACUUGGACAACGAUCUCCACUUACAAAAAAUGUGGUAAAAUAUAGACUCUACCCAAGUGUCCACAUGGCGAAAGGCACCAAUACGUCCUUAUUUCUCUUUUACCAAAUGGGGGACAAGAUUUUUAUUAAUAUAUAUAUUUUUUAAUUUUUUUUUAAGAAUGUGAUAAUUCUCUGUUUUUUUAUCUGAGUGUAGUUGCCUCUAAUUCUCCUGUGUCAUUCUCUUGGUUUACUGAAUAAACAGUUGGAAGUAAUGUGUUUGACAUGCUGAAUAAGUACAUAAAAAGAUGUAUGUUUAUUUAAAUUACAUUGAUUUUGGUCUCAAUACCGAUGAUGUUGUAAUAAUUUUGGCAAAAAUAUUGAAAGAACCAAUAAAAAAAAAAAAAAAAAAAAAAAAAAAAAAAAAAAAAAAAAAAAAAAAAAAAAAAAAAAAAAAUAGUGUUUAAAAUUGUGAUGAAAAAAAAUUAAAUAAAAUUAAAAAUAUAUUAACCAUAACAUCAGGGAAUAAAAACAUAGUUAAGCAACCAACUAAGAAAAAAAAACACCAUGAAAGUUUAUUUUAUUUUUUGGGUGGGGGGAAUGGAGAAAGGUUUCUGCUCUAGGCAACGAUACAAAAAUUAAAGAGCUAAGCUACACGUAACAUGCAGUGAUCAAUAAUGGGAUGUGUGCUUAUAAAUAGCAAUAAAGCAAUAUACUGUACACAACAGUGUGGUCAUAGGUGAAAGCUAUAAAAGUACAGCAGCACGUUGGGCUACGGGGGAAAAUAAAGAGGAAAAUAAAAGUCACAUCGAAUUAUGCAGUGGUAAAAAAAACUCUACCAAAUGGUGAACUCGUUUGUUUGCUAUUUUAUUACCGUAUCAUACUACAUACAUUUCCAAUUAUGGUUCUAGAUAGUCAAAAUGUGAUGUGUACGUAAAAACCACCCAGACAGUCUACCCUCACCUUGGCCGGGUUAGCAGAUGGAGCGAAAUUGAAGAAGUCUGGGUGGGGAGCAAUGAUAUAUUCUACACAAAUUUUGAAAAAAAGAUGUGAAAUAAUUUAAAAGAAAAAGGUUGUCGAUAAUGAGUAUGUGAAUUGUCGAAGGUGGAUAGGAAUAAAAAAAUAUAUAAAAUUAAAAAAAAAUGUGAGUAAGAGCAAAAGCAAUGACAGUCGAACAUAUAUACGUAUAUAUGUUUGUGUAUAUGCCAAUGAAGUACCAUUAAUAGAAAAAAACAAAAAACAGGUACUCUAAGAGUUGAGUUACCUGGAACAGUGAAAGUGCGUCUGGAUUACAGCACAGAAUUGGAAUAUGCACAAAAUGUCUCAGUGGGUGUAAUUGCUGCAUUUGUGCAGCCGAUAAAAAUGUGUGAGAAAGAAGGGGGGAGUAAGCUCUGCUUUCCAUAUUUAUACAUAAGGAGAGAGUGAAGGAGGUGCUUCUACGGAUUAGCAUAGUAAGAGAGAAAGAGCAAUAUACAGAGUCAGAUAUUGAACAACAGAAGAGACAGAGGUGUAAGCCUGGUGAGAGAGAACAUAUUCUGCUCCUUUAUUUCUAAGCAUUCAGCAAGACCACAUAUGUUGGGUCUUCAGAAAAAGAUUGGCAGAAAUUGUAUAGAAGAGAAGGAGUGGGAGAUGGUUAUGGAGGUAUUUUGGGCAUGUGGAGAAGGCUGGGGUUGAAUCUAGGCAUGGGCUGUAGAAAACCAGAGAAGACUUGGUAGGUGGGAAGAGGUUUUGCAAGAUUGAAGAUUGCCCCGAGAAAGGGGAACAUUUUAUGGACUUGGAGAAAGUGAUGUGGGUUUUGUGAAAAUGGAGAGGAGGACAUGGAGAACAAUUUAGAACAUUGUAGACCUUUGGGAAACAAUUGUAGGCCAGUUUGGAGAGUCUGAUGAGAGUGUUGUAGGCCAUUUUAAAGAGUCUAUGGAAUAGGACAGGGCAAGAAUGUAAACUCUGAAGGGAGAAUUGAGAGGGUCGAGGAGAUUGGAGGGAGCCACCAAACAAGAGUAGUUGGCAGUGCAGAGGAAUUAAGGGGAGAACAUUGGUAGCAUUGUGUUAGGUGAUAGGAAGACUGGUGGACAGAGUGUUGUAGGAGAGUUGAGAAUGUCAAGUAAGAUUUUAGAGCGCUUGAAGGAAGAAUUGGGGAAGAUAGGGGAUAUUUAAACUAUAUUGUAGCGAGAAAGAGUGCAAAGGACUGUGGGAAUGUGGAGCAGUUGGAGUAAAUGAAUGAGCUUUCCGGAAGUGUUGAUUGUAGAUUAUCGAAUGAUUGUGGAGUGGGUGGAUAAUAUUGCACAGACCCAGACUUGAAUAUUAGAAUGGGCCUGUGGCAAAAUGGAGAAGUUAGUAUAUUUUAGAGAGCCAGCAGCAUUGACUAGGGAAAAAUAAAGGCUAUUGUUGGAGACUGGUUAGGUCUAGGAGAGUUUUAGUGUAGAGUAGAGGAAUGUGAAAGAAUAACGUAAUAAUUAGGAUGGAGGAAGGGGGACAUGAGAAGAGUGUGUAUUGUCAAAUCAGGAUAGAAAUAGCAAUAGACAAAUGACUAGAUGCGAUUCUAUCACCUCUGCCCCUUAUCAUUUUUACUUCAAUAGUUUUGUGAAUACAUCGUCUUUUAAGACCUGUGUUACACUUGUACUACUUACCAUAAAAAGAACUCUCCAAUAAACUCUCAUACAGGAAUAGACCAUAAUAAAGACAGGUCUAACCUAAAUAUGUCACAUUGAAUAAAAUCUGGUUUGUAAUCCAUGGAAGACUUAUAAAAUAUACUUGUAGUAAAAGACUCGAAACAAGUUGGGAGUUCUGUUUUAGGGACUAAUUUUAUUUUCUAAGUUAUACUGUUGUAUUGUAAUCCAUGUUUGCUAAAUUUCUUUCUGUAGACUGAUUACUUGAAGUGGGCACUUGACUAGGGCGUCUCUGACCUCGGGAUCUGCUGAAUAUUAUCUGCUAUGUCUAAACUUAAAUGCACAUCGAUCAGUUGAUAAAGAUUUCUUCCAAUAUAACUCCUUAUUUUAAAAAAAUAUAGAUUUUUUUUAUACAUUCCCAUAUUACUCAGCCGGCUGAAUUGAAUAGAAUUUAGACUGUUUUGUCAUAAAAAUCAGCAGUUGGCCAUCACAACACUAGAGUGAUCAGGUAUUGCCUUCAAAUGGGCUUGGUUGGGUAAAUUUAUUUAUUGCAGGCCAGAAUAACGUGAGCGAUACCCUGUAGGGCAGGGGUAAGCAAGCUUCGGCACUGCAGAUGUUGUUGACUACACGUCCACUGAUGCUUAUUAAGGCUCAUUAAGGCUUUAAGAGCACUUUGGGAGAUGUAGUCCGAAACAUCUGGAGUGUCAAGGUUGCCUACACCUGUUCUAAGCUAUGCUAUAUACAUAUGUUUUCUAUUUGAAAGGUAAUGUUUGUCGCCAUAGUCAGCUGUCCGGUUGCUUUCCCUGCCCACUGUAUUAAUUGUUGUAGUUUUACAUUGACCAAAACAAAAAGUUGCUAUGUGACGUGAAGGUUACACCACAUCCAGGUGCCCUCUGAUUACAAGCAGAGUCACUCUGCCACAUUGUAUCUUGUGGAAAACCCUAGUGGAACAUCUACAUUUUUCUUUGGUGCAUCAUGACUUUCUUCUUAAAAGAUGUUACAAACAUUGUGAAUAGUAUGGGGCAGCGAGGUAAUGGACGCCUAACUGAGCUUGAGAUACAAACCUGGACAGGUUAUAUUACAACUGCCAUAGUCCUUUUCACUUCCUUAUGCUUUCACUGAAACUUGUGCAUCUUUGUAUCUCCUAAACAUUUUGCAGGAUUACAACUUCCCUGAGAAUUGCACUUCAACAAACCUGGAUAGUUUUUGGCAGGAGGGUCAUAUUUUUUAGUUCUCACCCAGAGCUGUUACCGCUAAGCUGCCAAUCAUCUUUAUAUAGCUGCUUGAAGACCACUGCCUUUGCACAGUUCCUCUACCAUAUCCCUUGCUCUGGUAAUUUAACUUUAUUCAUACACAUGAGGAUCCUGUAGGCUGUAGCUGGCUAUUAACAGAGACGGAGACCAGAAAUUCUAAAUGAAUUGACAACUAAAUGUGCAAUAAAGGAAGUUCAACCAUUAGAUCUUUCUUUACAGGAAGUGAGUAGGGAGGCUGUGUAAGUCACUGGCAGGGAGGUGUGGCUAGGGCUGCAUGUACAAAGUGAUUAAACUGCAAAAUGACAUAGAUCUAGAGGGGCAUGAUCUAUACACCAAAACCACUUAAUAAAGCUAAAAUUAUUUUCAUUGUGAUGGCUUUAAAAUAUCUACCAUCAUUAUACGUUUGUUAUGUUGACCCCAGCAGUGACUCAGUAAGGCUAGCCAGUGAACUAGCAAUAUCAGAAUGAAAGAAGAGGUGGUUUACUAAUUUACUAUCCUGGACAAUCACUGAAUUCUUAAUUAAAUGCUAACAGCUUGGAGACUGCAUACCAGACACUCUAUCUGGUCCUGUUCUUCACACAGUUCUCUGUCGGCUUAAAAUAUUGAUUCUAAGAAUGGAAUUCUACCUUAAGGGCUACAGAAUUGUUUCUUCAUCACAAAAUGUCCAUGUUCUGGCUACUCUCUGGUACAUGAACUUUGGACCUAGUUUUUUUUUUUUUUUGAUUUUUUUUUUAAUUUAGUAUUUUUGUUGUGCAAAGAGUAUAACAAACAGGCUUGAGGUACCCCAAAAGCAUUCCUCAGGCUUAGCAUCGCAUUGUGUAGUGGGGAAUAGAUAGGACUUGCACAUUUUAUAAUAUUUUAUUAGAUUAAAGCGUGAAAAUAAAGCGUGAUAGUAAACCGUGAAAGCAAAAGCAGGAGAGAUAGACAUAUCAGUUACACAGACUAAUGCAUGUCUCUUUGCUAGUAUUUGAGUGAGUCCUUGUCGUUGCUUCGUGGACCCAGGUUGCGGGUUGCCAUGCCAACCCCUUGAUACGGUAAGUGAUCAGUUAUCCGACACCCCUGCAAGGUUUAUUUCUCUGCUUGGGCUCAGCCCAGUUGGGGGGAAAAUGCAGCAUCAUGGAGGUGAGGCACCACUCCGGCCCCUGUGCUGUGUGAGAGCUGGUACCUUUUGCCACGAGCCUGGGAUCCAUUUAGGUCCUUGUCUUCCCUGUCGGGACUGUGCGGUGGGUCCUGCGGUUGGUCGCUGUGUGUUGUCACUUAUGCCUUGUGGCCCUGCACAUGUGUGGCCGGUAAUUGUGGGUUGUGGCCCUUGUUGCUCUCAGCCCAGGUGGGCAUCUUGUGGGGAUGGCUGAGGUGGGUGAUAGCUUUGCGCCCUGUAGUGGUUUCCCAGGCCUCCUCUAAGUGCGCACGUGGUCCUGUUCAGUCGGGAUAGGGGUAGACAUAGCUGGUCCAAUACGGGUCAGCAGCUUUCCCCAGUAUCGGUCGAAAAUAUCGUCAAGAGUGUCUCUUACUUUAUUGCUGGGGUCUGGCAGGUCAACCUUCUGUAUUAGCGUGCCGCUUGAAACUGGGUCUGAUGGUUGCCAUUUUGGAGACCAACGUACCUGUGUAGCUUGUGUAGCCUGCAAGGUCCUCCGAGAGGUAUGGGGCGUGGGGUGCUCUGUCUCUUUGGACCUAAUUUGUGCACACUCCUGUGCCCAGGAGUUUUGCAGCCUCUAUGACACUCAAAGCAACAGGCCUGGUGCAACAGUUUGCCAUCCUGGUUAUCUAUCUCAGUAGAUUUCAUUCUUACGUACAUCCCAAUGUCAUAACAUCAUACUGAAAGUAAUAAACCAUUUAACCAAGAAGAGAUCACUUUGCCUGAUACCAAUAUUUAAAGUAGGGAUAUUGUCUCUGUCCAUGAAAUUCUCACACUGGCUUGUGCACAAGAAACCAUGUAGUAUUCACACUGGAUUUUCCUAGACAAUACCUCAUGUAGCUCAUCUUCCACAUAUCUCUACGCUAGCCUGUGGUAGCCUUCCCCAGGAAACACGGACCUAUUACUAGUUAUAUACACUGCCACAACACUAAAACCACCAGCCUUAUAUCAUGUAGGUCCCCCACGUGCUGCCAAAACAUCUGUGAUGCAUCGAGGCAAGGCUUCUACGAGACCUCAGAAUGUGCCUUGGGGAAUCUGGCAUCUGAACAUUAGUAGCAUAUCCUGCAAGUUGCGUGGUUGGGCCUCUGUGUAUCGGAUUUGUUAUUCCAGCACAUCCCACUGAUGCUCUUUCGGAUUGAGAUCUGGGGAAUUUGGAGGCCAAGAAAACACCUUGAACUCAUGUUCCUCAAAUCAUUCCUGAAUAUUUUUUGCAGUGUGGCAGGGUGCACAAUCCUGCUAAAAGAAGCCACUGUCAUCAGGGAACAUCAUUGCCAUGAAGGAGUGUACGUGGUCUGCAGCAAUCAAUAGGUAGGUUGUACGUAUCAAAGUAACAUCCACAUGAAUACCAGGACUCAAGGUUUCCCUGCAGAACUCUGCCAAGAGCAUUACACUGUCUCUGCUGGUCUGCCUUCUUCCCAUAGUGCAUCAUGCUGCGAUCUCUUACCUAGUUAAGCGAUGCACACACACCCGGCCAUCCACCUGAUCUAAAAUAAUCAGACCAGGAAACUUCUUCUAUUGCUCCAUGGUUCCAUUCUGACGCUCAUGUUCCCAAUGAAGGUAUUUUUGGCGGUGUACAGGUGUCAUCAUGGGCACUCUGACUGGUUUGCAGUUAUGCAGUCCCAUACGCAGCAAACUGUGAUGCAGUUUGUGGUCUGACACCUACCACGGGCAGUAUUAAAUUUUUCAGCAAUUUGAGCUACAGUAGCUCUUUUGUGUGAUCUGACCAGACAGGUGAGCCUUGGGUGCCCAUGACCCUGACGCAAAUUCACUGCUUGUCUUUUCUUUCACCACUUUUGGUAGGAACUAACCACUGCAUACCGGGAACACCCCACAAGACUUACCGUUUUGGAGAAGCUCUGACUUCGUCAUCUAGCCAUCAAUGUUGGGUCCUUGUCAAAGUCACUCUGAUCUUUUCGUUUGGACAUUUUUUUUCCUGCUCCAACACAUGUAACUCAAGAACUGACUGUUCACUUACUCCCUAAUAUAUCACACCCCUUGACAGGUGCCACUUUAGCAAUAUAAUCAAUGUUGUUCACUUCACCUGUCAGUGGUUUCAAUGUUGAGGCUGAUCAGUGUAGUUCCAUUGUUCUCCAGGUAAUGGAACUCUAGGUAGCCAUCAGCAGAUUUGGCUGUGUCACCAAUGCCAUUACAAAGACUAUCUUGUGGCUUUAAGCCAAGGUGUCAUAUGCGACCGGUCAUCUAUAUUUACCUCGGCCAGUCCUCUAUCAAGCUCUAGACCAUUUCACUGCUCACUUGUCAAUUUUGGGUCAUCACUGGAGAUACCCAUUUCUGCACAGAUCCUUCCUCCCCUGUGAGGUCUCCUCUCAUUCCAGCCUUGAAUGUUCGCCAAGUGAAUUGCUUUCAACCUCCAUAUUCCGUGGCCAUUAUUGUUACUCCACUGGUUUUAGGUGUAGAACUGGAUAAUUUAAUCUAUUCCCCGCGCCAUACCUGCCCUCCUAAUCAUCCAUGUCCGUGUGUUGUAAUGUGCGACCUUCCAGUCUGCGGCCUGUAUCCUUAAUCCUGUUUUUGACAAAGAAAUCAUCAAAUCACUGCAAAUGAUCAGCAAAAAGAGGUAGCAUUCUAUCACCUGCUCCGUGUACUGUGACCCUAAUCAGUAUCAUCUAUAAAACCACUUGUACAGGGAUGGUUAGAGGAGGAAGAUGAAUGAGAGAAAAGUAUAACAGUGACACCAAUACUGUGGCUGAAUACUUAACUGCAGAUUAUCAAGAUCUGCUCCGAUAGUGCUGGGCUUAUACUGAAAUAUACAGUGAUCCCCCCCGACUGCAGAUUAUCAGGACAGGCUCAAAUAGUGCUGGGCUUAUACUGAAAUACACGGUGACCCCCCCCUUCCCCCCCGACUGCAGAUUAAGAGAGCAGGCUCAAAUAGUGCUGGGUUUAUACUGAAAUAUACGGUGAUCCCCCCGACUGCAAAUUACCAGGACUGGCUCAGAUAGUGCUGGGCUUAUGCUGAAAUACACGGUGCUUCCCUCCGAAUGCAGAUUAUCAGGACAGGCUCAGAUAGUGCUGGGUUUAUACUGAAAUAUACAGUGAUCCCCAUCCCGACUGCAGAUUAUUUAUCAGGACAGGCUCAGACAGUGCUGGGUUUAUAUCUAAUGUACAGCAACCCCCUAACUGCAGAUUAUCAGGACAGGCUCAGACAGUGCUGGGUUUGUAUCUAAUGUACAGCGACUCCCUUACUGCAGAUUAUCAAGACAGGUUUAGACAGUGCUGUGUUUAAAUCUACUGUACAGAGUCUCCCUGACUGCAGAUUAUCGGGACAGGCUCAGACAGCGGGGGUUUAUAUCUAAUGUAAAGCGACACCCUGACUGCAAACUAUCAGGACAGGCUCUGACAAUGCUGUGUUUGUAUCUAAUGUAUAGCGACACCCUGACUGCACAUUAUCAGGACAGGCUCAGACGGUGCUGGGUUUUUAUCUAACGUGUAUUGCUGCACUGACUGAAGAUGAUUAGGACUGGUUCAGACAAUGCUUUGUUUGUAGUGUAAAUACAUUGUUUCAAAGACCCUCACAUUGAUGAGCAGGUUAAAGAAAGUCAGUGCGGCGUUCUCUCAUAUCUACAUCUGAUCUGCACUCCUAAUCAGAUGCCUGUAUGGCUUCCCGUAAUGCCACCAGCAUGUUAAUCAAACCCUCUGUGGGGUUGGUGUUUAUUGUAUGAAGGAUCUAGCUCUGCCGAGGGAAGCAGUCACUCCGUGUACUGAAAUCCUCUAUUAAUAUUUUAUUACCAUGAAUCUGCAACUGUGUACAGACAAUGGGCAGACAAUGGGAGAGGGGGGGUGUGGGGAGAAGAGGGGGAUCACCUUCAUACUCAGUAUACAGACAGUGUAAUGUAGAUAAGACACUGUAUACAAAGACUAUCUGUAUGCAGCGUGUUUGCGGCUCUGUGUCUGUGCUUUGCAGGUAGCACAGAAUGAGUCUAAUAGUAUUCUAAGGCUGGAGAGUUUGCAAUCUAACAGGUGUGCAGAUCCAUGUCAUUUACGCAGACAUGUCUGUUACGACUGCAAUACAGCAAGCAAAGGGGGCACUUUAACCCCUGCAUGCCUUGGGCACGAAUGCAACUCUCUGCUCUGUAUUAUAGUACAUGUGAUUGACACGUUCAUUAGAAAGUCACAUUAAUUUGCAGAAUCCGCUAUCCAUUCUGUUACACAGGAUAGCCUGUAAUGUGCUCUUAUGUGCUUUGUAUUUAAUACAUGUCUGUCUGUCUAUCAAUAUAGGUGUGUUAGAAUUAUGUCUUGCCCACAGAGCUUACAUGUAAUCCCUUAUUUUACUAGCGGUGGCGCAGUGGAUGCGGUGCUGUGGAUAGCUUUGGGUCCCCAUGUAAUAGAGUGUUAUUCUACAUGCGCUAUGAACCAAGCAUUAGUCCAGGCAGCUCAGGGGAGCACUCGCCCCCCUAUAAAUCCCUCUCACAGCCACUAAAACCUGCAGAGCCUGUCCUAGAUCUUCCACCUCUGGCUCACAUUACCGGGAAAUCUAUGGGCCUGUCAGCAUGUUGUGUGAGCAGAGGAUGGGCAGAACGCAUGGACCAGUUGGUACCAAUCUGCCAUGCUUCACUAGUGUCCAACAUGAUUAACCUCUUACUAGGGUCUCUACAUUCUGGUUCCACCUAGCUCUAGAACAACAUUCAUAAAGAAAUGGAAUCAGGGUACCUUUUAAGGAAAGCACCCCAAAUACUCUACUUAAUACCCAGGCUUGACUACCAUAACUUGGUAAUUAAAUUAUUUUCUUGAAAUAUUUGGCUCUCCUAUUAUUUGGAUGGUCUGUCUAUCUAUCUAUCUCUCUAUCUCCUGUCUGUCUACCUAUCGUUCAAUCCUUGUCUAAUCAAUCUGUUUUCUUAUAUCCAUCCUGGACUAUUGUAUUUGCAGAGCUACGCAGAGCUCUUCAGCAGUUAUCUGGUUAACUUGAUGUGGCGCGUCCAGGCUGCUGCUAUAAAAAACUCACAUCUGGGCGCUGCAAGCUAAUUAGACAGCUAAAUAUUAAUUAGCAGGCUAUUAAGGAGACGCUGCAACCUAAUGAACCUGUGAUGGCUCAUUUGCAGAGUGCUGAUAGGUGGGUUAUCAGACACAGGUUCCGGUAACAGGGCAGUGGUGGGGGAGGGAGUGGGGGAUCUCUGCGUUUGGGGGCUCAUUACAAGAUGACAGAGAGAGAAAACCCUAACAUAUGGGUCAUGGCAGGAGAAAGCAGGGUAACAAUGAACCCAGAUACAUUUCACUUUCUUAAUGACUAAUUUUUUUUUUUUCAUUAUUGCAGCCCUGCUCUGUAUACUUACCCAUUUAAUAAAUGUUUUCUUAAUUUUUCAAGACGUCUACCUGCAGCACUGCCCCACAAUACUGGCUUUUGCCAGUACUUUUUCCCUUUCUCUCACACCUGCGGCCAGCUACCACUACUCCCCUUUCUUGUUGUCAUCACCUGUUAAACCCCCCUUUCCUUCCCUUCUUUAAUUCUUCUCCUCCUCUCCAAGUAUUCAACCUAGCUCUUGCCCCUCAUCUACCCCUUUUCUGUAAUGAAUACCCUACCCUACCCCUUAUCUGCCACUAAUACCCUACCCACCCCCUUGAAUACCACUGGCGCCUCCCAUCUUCUUCUUCUAUCUAACCCCCUCAUGUCCAUCACUAUUCCCACUGAUCCUCAAAAACAUGAAUUUCCUUUUCUCCCUAUAUGACCUCAGUCACUCUUGCAGAAACGAUUCUUUCUAUGACCUGCAGACACCGUUCCUUCUUAUUUCUCUUGCAGUGACUUCCCCUGCCUGUUCUGGUUAUACAGACACCGCUGAUCUCUUAUUAAUGUGCGAGGAUACCAAGAGGAUGCUAAUUAGGUAUCAAUGACCGAAGCCCUGUAUGUGGCAGAGAAAAUCCAUCUAAUUUAAGGGCAACAUUGUCUUCUGGCUCCCCUACAUCUCAUCCACUCAUACUGAGGCCAUAUUAUGCCCCCACAUCAUUUUGCAUUGCCCCUGCCUUUUUCCUAAACUCUUCUAUAUUAUUAAAUAUCCCCCCUUCUCCCCAUAAGCAGCAGUUGUGACAUUUUAUUUUUUCCGUUGUAUGCGGAUUUCUGUAGACCAGGUUUCUUAAAGGCUGAUUAUCGAACUAUUAACACUCCUAAUCCUAAACCGUGUGUAGCUGAGACUCAUGGGAGUUGUAGUUCACUGGUAGCUGAAGAGCCAUCUUUUGGGAACCUCUGCUACAGAGCCUUUGCUUAUAAGAAGCUGUGGAACCUCCAGCAAUCCAUCUUUCGUGGACCAUAUUCCUCAUGAUUUCCCUGUGAUACUUAAUACAUUUAUAAAAACUAACCGUGUAGAUUAAAAUAUGCACGUAUGUAAACAGUAUCCCAGCCCCUUCCGGGAUUACGUUAUCCCAAUAUUCUCGUUCUAUGUUUCACCUUCUUUCUCUACUGCUCUCCAUGUUCUACCUUGCUCAUUUUGUCUGUGUCACUCCCUCCCGCUCUUACUGGCAGUCCUUCUCAGUAAUAGCAUGUGAAGUCCCUGCAUGGACCAGCUCCUGUCUCUGUUCUCCUGUCACAUUGUUUUUUUCCCCUAAAUCUCCCUGGAUAUGUAAUUCCGUUGCUGUCUCUUCCAAUCUUCCAGCGGCUGCUCUGAAGAAUUCUCUUCAUACUCUCUCUCUCCUCUCAUACUCUCACCUCUCCUUCUGUCUUCUACAUCUACAAAGCUUUCUAUUCCCUCAGAGCUAUGUUAAAUACUGACGAAACUAUAUAACAGGUUGCAAUAAAUACAUAUGUAUAUAUAUAUAUUUAUCUAUCCUAAGAGGUAGCAGCACUCACGGGGUUAAAAGGUCCAAUCUUUAUUUCAAAACUUUAAAAUCACGACCAACGUUUCAGUCCUGUAUAUAGGACUUUCAUUUCCAUUGUGAUCCUGAUGAAAGUCCUAUAUACAGGACUGAAACGAUCGUGAUUUUAAAGUUUUGAAAUAAAGAUUGGACCUUUUAACCCGUGAGUGCUGCUACCUCUUUGGAUAAAUGGAUUUGAAAGCCCUGGCCAACCAGCACCCGACAACCAAUUUUUUUGUUUAUAUAUAUGUAUAUAUAGUACAUACCAAAAGAGUUGUCAUGGGGAAAAAGUGUGGAUACAUUGCUAAACACAAAUACACACACCAGUCAAGCGUUUAGCAAUGUAUUAUAAUUAUAUUUAUAGUAUAAUUAUAAUAUUUUUUUUAUUCUAACUUGGCAAACAUGGGAUGCUCGAGUGUGGCUUGGUUGUGAUAUGCUGCUACUGUUAAAAGAUAUGGAAUCCCACCUUCAGCAAAAUGUCUCGGCCCCUCGUUUAUAUUAACAUAUAUAUCAAGUGUGAUCACCAGUUGCCUACCUGUUCUUCAAUUGCACCUGCCUCAUCACAACUCCAAACUUUACCGCCGCUCGUGUUUCUGUCUGACUAGCUACCCCCCCUUACGCCCAUGCAGACUGUAACUUCAGUCUUAGACAUCUUAGGUUGAGUGAACUGAUUCUUAGGCGUAGACUUGCUGCAUAUCUCUUCUUAAUGUUCUUCAAUUAGUGCAUGAUACAUUGUCCCUUAUAAAAUGCCUUUCUUGCCAUUCUAGCAGUGGGUGAACUCCCUGCUUCAAUACAGUUUGUGUAAUUAGUUUUCUUUCAGACAACACAAGGUUCUGCUUCCACAAGGAAUGACCAUUGUGUCCAUUAGUUACCCUCGUUGGCAAGUUAGGAAAGUCUCAUUCUCACUUUUUAAGGUCUCUAGAUAAGUCAUUUUCCAAACCGCACACUCCAAGCUGUACCUCAACUGACAUUUCUAUUUUUUUUAAAUUUCUUUUUACAAUAUUCGGUUGCUUUUAGCUGUACUUCUGUCAACCUACAUUUAUCACAGCAUCUCUGCUCAUCCACCAGUCACUGCCAUAGCUAGCCAAGUUGAGUGAAGACAAAAGCCAAGGAGAUAUGUUUUGGCUUAACAAGUUCAUAGAGAAGGGUAUACAUAAUUCUGAUUAUCUUGGAUCCCAAGCAUCUCAUAAUGAGGAGGAAAAGGCAAAUGAGCUAUCAUUCCAGAAAAUAACACACAGGUCUUCUCGGAACUCCAUACUGGUACAUGCAAGGCAGGAGAAGAGCCCAACCUGAAGACAAGACAUGAGGCAACAACUUAAUGUGAAUUCAAGGUUCAGGACACAAAAGAGGUGAUACCUAAACCAAAGAGACUGGGAGAUUGUUGGAGGACCGAGCUUUUGAAUUGAAUCCAGUCUUUGAUACAUAUGCAACUGUUCUUGUUGGUUGCACCUCAAGGCAGCUAUCAGUGGUUUAUCAAAAUACAUACAAAACUGUGAUUCAGAAUUGCUUCCACAAAUAUUCCUAACAAUGUGCCAGUGGGCGAGGGAAAACUGAGCACACUAUGGGAGGCAGAUAGAGCGCAGUUAAAAUAUCUUCAGAUCAAGACAUGGAGAUCACUUCCUGGCAUCUUUUUGUCAGUCCCACUUUCCCACUCAUGGGAUAUAGGUGCACAUCCACAUAUCUCCUCCCUCUAAUAUCAGUCUUAUCGUUCCCCUAUCCUUAAAAAUAAAACAAAAUAAACAUACUGAGUGGCCUAUUAGCCUAAAAACAUGUAGAUAUCUUUUUCUUCACCUACAUUUCUCUUCUUCUUUAAGGCAACUAUCCAUCUCUUUGAUAUUGAUCCAAAAUGUUUUACCACAUGCUAUAGACAAGACAUGCCAACCUCACCCUAUCUCUCCCUCAUCUUUUCCUUAUUCUGAAAGUUGUUCUUCCACCUACCUACUUUUCUCUCGGUCUUACGAAAUCCGUCCUUCAAGCUGUAGACUUGAUUAUACCUCUGUCUGAGUUCUCCCCAACCUCUCCACUGUUUCAAGCACCCUUUUAUGUAUCCCACCAGAAUACUCGGACUCCCCCAAAGCCAUUUGCUCCUCUCCCCCCCUAACUGUAGACACAAUUAGUUUUUUACAACCAUCCUCGUUCUCUUUACGCUUAAGGUGUGCUCUCUUUGGUCUCUCUACUUCCCACACUGCAGGCUUUUAUCUGUUCAUCUAAUUUCUCCUCCUUUAUUUCUAUCUCCCAUUUAUCCCAUGCCGCAGGCAGUUAUCCCUCCUUAUUCUCUCACAAUCUUUCUUUCAUUAUCUCCCUGUCUCCCCCCACCCCCCCAAUGCUGCAGGCAAAUCUCUCUCACCCUCUCUCUCUCUCCCUCCAUGCUGCAGGCUGUUCCCCCUCUGCAUGUAUCAGCUUUUUACGGUUCUGUUGACAGAUGGUGCUCUGCGGCCCUUGAAGGAAAACUAAAUACUACAGCUAAGGAGCCAGAGACAAGAGGUGGGGGAGAGAAAGGAGGAUGAGAGGAGGAUAGGAGGGAGGAGAAGAGAAUGUCAAAAACCAGAAGGGAGUGAGAGUAGAGGUAAAUGAAAAACAUACGGUGAUGGAUGGGCAGAGAAGAGAGGAUUAUUAAAAAGAGAAAGAAGACUCUGGACAGUGAGCAUAAGCAGAUAUUCACGUGUGCUAGCAAGAAGACGUAUGUAAGCCAUGGAGAUAACUAUGUAGUCAGGAUUAUAUAUGGAAAUACAUGCCAAGUGUCCCGAUUCUGACGGGAUUGUCCAGUUUAAGAAUGGGAAUCUUCCUAUAGCAAGACACAGAAAAAUAUAAAACGGACAGUUAUAUGGAGCUAUAAAAGGAGAUAUAAGGACAGGAUAUAGGGAGCAAUAGGAGUGGCUAUAUGGAGGUUAUAUGGGGGGACUAAAUAGAGCAAAAGGCUGGGUUAUUUGGGGCAACCAGGCUGUACAGAUCGUUAUACAGAACAGUUAGAAGAGUGAGCUUUAAGCAAGCUUUGUAAUGUGGGUUAUAUAUAGCAGUAGGAUGCAUUGUAAUGAAUUGUACCAUAGAGAUUUACAGAGAGAUGCUAUAUAGGCCACUACAGGCGAUUUAUCGUAUUAGCCCACGUAGAAAUUUGCAGUGAGCAAAACUGCCUCUGUAUUGUGUUAAGACAGCAUUUUAUGUUCCCGUUCAGCACUUUUAAAGAUAUUUUUUAAUAACAAUUUGUGCUGACAUUUCAAAGUAGAUGAUUUUUGCUUUAGGGGAAAUGACUAGCACAUGUGGCAAAUUCCAAAGAUUUGUGGGCGACAUCUUGACCUAUUGAUGGCCAUCUAGGUAAUUGACAAAAGCCACUUUGCACAAAGAUGAACACUCCAGGGGGAUCGGAGAGAUGCACAGUACUAAUUGGUGCAUUCUGGUUGAGCCCCACGUUGUACUGCUACACUGUAUCUGCUCACCUAAAUACACCAGAAGCAAGCUGCAACAACAGCUAUACAACUAUGUCAGUGUGCUGUCCAACUGGUGUGUUGACAUUAGCAUGCCUUAACUUGUCCACUCUGGUUCUAGCAACUGGACUUUGUCAUAUGGAGUAAGACAUGUGAGAAGUUGUCAUGACCAGAGGGGAACAGACCAUAGGGGCUGCUGUGUUUGCUCUGCGUAUUAGGUUAAGUUAGGUUAGGCAGAAGUUGGUCAGGUAAUUGUUUAGACCAUUUUGGUCUGACCCAAAAUGGCUGCACAGCCAGAUAAAAAGUUAAAUUUUCUAAAAAAAAAUAAAAAAAAUAAAAUAAAAUUAAAAAAUCAAUAUACAUCAUUUAGAAUAAAACCAUUAAGCUUCAUUACAUGUAAUAAACUUAAAAAAAACCAAAAAACCUUAAGUGAAAAUUUGAUGACAUUUGUCCUUUAAGUGACUCAGCAUCCCAUCAUGCCUUUAGUUCUUUCAGCUUCCUUUUUGAGCUUUUCAGCCUUCCCAUUUGAAUUUUAAACUCAUGUGUCUCUCAGCCUCUCCAUGUGCAUCUUACCCUCCUCUGUGUCUCUCAGAAGAGAAAUCCUGUGUAUGUCAACCUGUCCUGUCUCUUGGCCUUCCUACCAUGACAUGGUUCAUUUUCAACCUUAACUCUGUACCUUUUGGCCUUCUGCCUUUUCCUUUUCAGCCUUGUCGCUCUCACCAUUUGUAAAGCUGUGGCUGAUUGACCUUGCAUGAAUGCAUUUGAGUUGACUGUUCCCACUUGGCCUACCAAAAAGUGCAAUAGUCAGGUGUUCACUUUUAAAUGUACAAGUGAUGGUUCACGGGUCGCCAUAUUUUCACUGACUACCACUUUGAUAAGCACUGCACUAAUAAACAAAGCACAAUACUCACAAUGUGUUUUUCACAACAUUCUGAAAAGCACAUGCACAUUCUCAAGUCAAACAAAGGGGAACACCGGGGUAUAAAGGAAUGACUGGCACAUUGAGUCCACAGAGAAGCCAAAUUUGGAUGGUUUACUUGUUACAGACUACUGAGCUAUAUAUAUUCAAUGGUAAAGAAAACAUGAAAUUAGUAUAGAAAUGGACACAAUAUACAGCGCAAACUCCAUGGUUAGGCUGACCGCCCCUUGAAGGAGCCCCGACACAUGGGGACAGCAGGGCCCACACAAGGGAAAAUUAUACUCACUCUAGAUUUCAAUACUGUUUCAUUGCCUAUCCUGUUUAUAUGAAUCUCACAAUUGUUAACCUUCAUACGGAAAAGAGAAUGCCAUGUACUACCUUGUCAAACUAUAUUGUGACUUUACUUUGUUUCACAACAGGUGUUCUGUAUGUCAAUUAAAAAUGCCUCUAAAACAAUUGAAAAUAAAGAAUAAAUAAAAAAAUAUAAUACAAUAUGAGGAGAUCAACUGUUACAAAGUUACAUAGCUGAAAAAGAGACAUGCGCCCAUCAGCUUCAGCCUUUCUCCGAUUUGUUUUUACUGUUGACCCAAAAGUAACAAACCGGGGAAAAAUUCCUUCUUGACCCCCGAAUGGCAGUCAGAUAUCUCCUUGGAUCAAGAAGCUGUUACCAAAUUAACAAUUCUAUCCCUGAAUAUUAUAUUUAUGCAAGUAUUUGUCCCAUUGCUGUUUAAACAUCUGUAUAGUCUCUGAUAAAGCCACCUCUUCAGGCAUGAUGUUAGAGGUUAGAGGAGAUGUUGGAAUCAUGUGUCUCACAAUAAUAGUCAUUACACCUAAAAGUCAGAAGAUUUACUUAGGGUAUCUGAAGAUACCACAUUUUGGUAUCUGAAGGAAUAGGGAGAAAUGUAUGUAUCUAUGUGUGUAUAUUCCAUAUAUAGCAGCAGAUUAAACUAUAAAUGACAUCUGAGAUAUGCGAUGUAUAUUGAAUAUGUGCCGUUUCCUUUUAGCUUUAUUCACAGAGACCCCCCAUGAUGUUAGCGCUCAUGCAGGAGAAGACGUGGAGAUGGCCUGUUCCUUCCGGGGCAGCGGAGACAUCCCGUACUCUCUGGAGAUACAGUGGUGGUAUAUUCGCACCCACCGGGACUGGGCAAACAAGGAGACAUGGGCAGAUAGCCAGGUGAGAGUCCGUACUCCCAGGACUAGUUCAGUACAACCAUACACUCCCCUGUACAUUAUUAUUUGUUUAAUUACAGGUUUAACAUUACUGGGUAGCGUGUUAUGUAUUGAUUUUUCUUUAUAUCAUCUAUCAAUAUAAUGCUGUUUUCAAAUUAUUUUCCGUCCGUGACUAUAUUGGUAAUCAAAGGAUCCUAUUACCAUUGCAUUCCCAUUAUGAUUUCACUGCCCAUUGUUAGCAUACCAAAGUAAUAGUUGUUAAGUCUAAUUUUUGCAAAGACAUAUUGAUUUUACCAAUUCCCAGUAAUGUGCAAUUGAACCUGGCAGGAUCCUUUCAGAAUUCGGAUAUUGGCAAGUUUAUUGUUGUCUUUGUUAAGUUGAAAAGAUCUGCUAAACUUUGUAGAUCUUGUGGCUACAGAAUUUCACUACUGUGGACUAAAACCUGUCGCUGCUCAAAUAUAAGAAUGCAGAACUGAAAUUAUAUGAAUGCAGAAAGGUGCAGUUUUGAACAUUUUGACAAGUAAUAACUUUGCAGAGUGUUAGCAAAGUUUAUACAAUAAGAAAAAAAAAACAGCAACAACAAAGCACUAUUAUAAACACAGAUAGGAAUACAAAAUUAAAUCCCUUCAAGGUAAAUUCACAUAAUCCAUCGGACAGUUCUCUUGUAAGCGUAGCUGUGACAGAACAUGAAAAACCGGACCUCCUUUGUUGCCCCAACUCACAUCAUGUGGACAUUAACAGCCUUAGGAAAGCUGAAAUAAUUUUUUUAGAACAUCAAAAAUCAUAGUACAUCCCAAAGUCCAAAGGUAGGCAAGAGGGGAGGAAAAAGGGGAGUUAAAUAAAAGUUGAACUUGUCUUGUGCUGCAAGUGCAUUUUCAGCAUCUGCUAAUAGGUGAAUGCUUGUAAUGUCACAAAUUUUGGCUUAAUGUCAAGGCUAAAUACCCCAACAUGCAAACCUAAAGCCUAUGUUCCUAUACUAUUGGAAAAACAUAUUAACUGUCCUUCAGGUGGCUGGGCUUAACGUAUGAAAGUAUAGAAUGCAGUCUGUAAGCAGACAAGAGUAGACAGAGAAAGAUUGUGGUCAAUGAGUACAGAGAAUCAGAAGAACAGUUAAACAGGGCCAAAGUCAGGGAUUCCAGUGGUCGGAACAGUUAGUCAUCAGAGCCGAGUCAGUAACCUAAUAGCACAUGAAAGCGCAAAGAGGAGUGGUCAGGAAAACCCUUACAUAGCCCUAAAUCCUUCCCUAUUGGUCUACUUUGAUAAUUAUGCUAAAAAGUCUGUAUCUUGCAUUGUCUUAAUAAUGAGGACCAGUGUGUUGUCAAAUAUGUAUACAAAUAUCAAUGCGCAUGAAUUGAGUGCCAGUAGGAGUAGUAUGCAUCAGAAAUGACCCCAGAACGACGGACAGCGUCAAAACACUGUGCUGUCUUCAUGAUAGGUAGCUUAAAAUAGGGGCUCAGCUCUUCUCUGUACCCUAUUUCAUUCUUCUCUGGUUCUUUGCCCAUCAUCUUCACUAUUUCCUUUCUUCAACAUUUGUCUCCUUAUCUUUGAACUCUCUGAAGACCUAUCUUCUCUGAAGUCAUCCAGCUCCAGAGUGUUCCUUAAAAGCUUAUCUGGGGGAAAUUCAGAAAAAAAUUAGGAAAAAUGUCAUCUUAUAUUCAGGGGGUACCAGCUAGAGGUUAAACUCUCAUCAGAGGCCCAGACUUGGAAGCCUUACUUUUAUUACUUGCCCAAAUUGUUUGUUUGUAAGAGUAAGCAGGAUUUGUCUAUGUUAAAUUUACUGUUAACCUUCUUUAACCUAGUGAAUUGACAUAGACUUCUUGAUUACUUAUACAAAUAUUUUGAGACACUUCCUCAUUUUCAUGUCCUGGCUAGCGAGGGAGGGACUUAAAUUUCAGGAUUCCGUCAUUUUUCUUUGUCGAGGGGCUUUGCAUAUUAUACUCCCCAUAUAGUCCCCAGACAUUGACAGUGCCACUUCAAAGAAGAUUUAUUUAUUUUUUUGUAAAUUAUUCUUGUCACUCUUUUCUUAUCAGACUUGUCCAAAUAUGCAACUCUAUUGCGAAACAAAUACAAAUACUUGCUAGUAAAUGUGAUUGAAUUUAACAAGCGAGAAUUUUUUUUAUAAAUGUAAAUGAAUCCACUGUUUUCCCUCUGUUUGUUAUCGUGUCCCAUCUUUGUGUAAAACUCAGUAAAUAGUAUUUGAUUAUAAAAGAGUCAACAAAUGUAAUAGGAAGAGUACUUUUUAUUGUAAAAUAAAUUACCAUCUGCGCAAUUACAGCUUUCAGUUUAACGUUUAUCUUCCAAAAUGUCACGGUGAAAUUAAACUGUUUUUGAGAAAAUACAUAUUUCGUGGAUCUCUUCCCGAUGAUUCUAACAUAUGUUAUUGAAAUUCAUAUGAGCGUUUGAUAUAGGAUUAACAUGUGCUAACAUCUGUGACUGGCACGGAAUUAUUGGGAAUGUAGCUUGUGAAAACUCUAAGGCUUACACCAAAAAUGUAAAGGUUGUAAAGUGCGUUCCUGUAGUGUACAACAUCAAUUCUCUUAUUUUGUAAGGACUGUAGAUUUUAAGCAGCACUUUGUAGGGCAAAUUUUAUAAAAAAUUAUAUAUAUGUAUAUAACAUACAAAAUCCAGCACAUUUACUCAUUGCUAAACGGCAAUUUUAAGGCACACAGAAUGGAACAGUUUUUGUAAAAACACCUGAUCCAGGUAAACAUAAUGAGUGUUUCUUUCCAGUAUACGAUCACAUAUUACAUAAGUCUGCCACAACGUCAAUGUACCCCAUUCUUGGCAGGUUCUACUCUAGCAACCUAAUGUCUGCUCUUGUGAGAUUAAUCCACUUACUUAGUAAAUGAUUCCGUGUGUGUGUAUGUAUAUUAUUAUUAUUAUUGCCAUUUAUGUAGCGCCAACAGAUUCCGUAGCGCUUUACAAUAUUUUGAGAGGGGGGAUGUAACAAUAAAUAGGACAAUUACAAGAAAAUUUACAGGAACAAUAGGUUGAAGAGGACCCUGCUCAAACGAGCUUACAGACUAUAGGAGGUGGGGUAUUAGAAACAUUAGGACAUGAAAUAUCAAAUAGGAGUGAAGCAGAGCUGGAGGAGAGAGCAAAGCACUGCAGGGCCGCCAUCAGGGGGUGACAACCGUGACUGUUGUCACGGGCCCGGCGGCCCUGGGGGGCCCGGACUGCUCUGGCAGUCCUGGGCCACACUUUCCCUUUCUGCACACAUAGAUAGCGAAUAUCGCUAUCUAUGUGUGCAGCUGCGGGCCCCCGGCUCCCUGCUCCCUGUUACCGCAGAGGGGGCCCAGCCAGGCAGCACACAGCUUCUCCUCCUCUCUUCUCAUAACUCUCGCGAGACCCGCGGAGCGUUGCCAUGGUAACCGGGUCUCGCGAGAGUUAUGAGAAGAGAGGGGAAGCUGUGUGCUGCCUGGGCCCCCUCUGCGGUAACAGGGAGCCGGGGGGCCCCCCACCGGACCACCAGGGAUGGAAUCUCCCCCCUCCAUGGACACAGGUAAGCAGGGAGGGGGGAGAAACAUUUAAUUAAAUUAAAAAAAUUAAUGUUAAAAUGCCCCUUCCUCCCCCUCACCCCAGAUCACACACUAACAACACACACUGCAUACAAUAACACACACAUACACUGCAUACACUAACACACACAUACACUGCAUACACUAACACAACACACACACUGCAUAUAAUAACACACACAUACACUGCAUACACUAACACAACACACACACUGCAUACAAUAACACACACAUACACUGCAUACACUAACACAACACACACACUGCAUACACUAACACACACAUACACUGCAUUCACUAACACACACAUACACUGCAUUCACUAACACAACACACACUGCAUACACUAACAACACACAUUGCAUACAAUAACACACACAUACACUGCAUACACUAACACACACACUGCAUACAAUAACACAACACACACACUGCAUACAAUAACACACACAUACUCUGCAUUCACUAACACAACACACACUGCAUACACUAACACAACACACACACUGCAUACACUGACACACACAUACACACACUGCAUACACUAACACAACACACACUGCAUACAUUAACACACACACUGCAUACACUAACACACACACACACACACUGAAUACACUAACACAACACACUGCAUACACUAACACACACACACUGCAUACACUAACACACACUGCAUACACUAACGCAACACACACUGCAUCCGCUACACUAACACACACUCUGCAUCCGCUACACUAACACACACUCUGCAUCCGCUACACACUAACACACUCUCUGCAUUCACUACACAUUAACACUGCAUUCACUACACUAACACACACUCUGCAUCCGCUACAUACUAACACACUCUCUGCAUUCGCUACAUACUAACACACUCUCUGCAUUCACUACAAAUUUACACACACUAUGCAUUCACUGCACUAACACACACACUACAUUCAUUACACUGACGCACUCUGCAUUCACUACACACUAACACACACUCUGCAUUCACACUAAACUAUGCACACACUCUGGAUUCACUAUACUGACACACACUCUGCAUUCACUACACUAACAUACACUCUGCAUUAACUGAACACACAGCAUCCACUACACAAACAUCCUGUAUUCACAGUACACACACUACAUCCACCACAAAUUGAAACACUCUGCAUUCACUAUACACAGACACUGCGUCUAAUACACACACUACAGACACUGCAUCCACUAAACACAUUUCAUCUAGUACAUACAAACACUACAUCCACUACACAAACACACACUACAUCACUGUACACACACUACAUCCACUACUCAAAAACACUCUGCGUUCACUAUACACACUGCAUCUGCUACACAAACACACACUCUGCAUUCAUUGCACAAACAGUAUCUAAUACACACAAACACUACAUCCAUUACACACAUUCUAAUUCACUUCCACUAUACACACACCACAUUCAGUCCUGCAUCAUUGUGAGCGGACUAGGUAGGGCGUGGGCGGGCCCGCGAGGAGGGUGGGGGGGCCCAGACCUUGUGCUUUGUCAUGGGCCCCAAAUUUUCUGAUGGCGGCCCUGAAGCACUGUCCCAUAGGAGAGAGCAGGAGACAGGUAUGUAAGGUAGAGAUUACUCUGGGAGGCCAUAAGCUUUCCUGAAGAGAUGGGUUUUAAGGCCCUUCUUAAAUGAUUGAAGACUAGGGGAGAGUCUGAUGGCAGUAGGCAAGCUAUUCCAUAGGAGAGGAGCCGCCCGCGAGAGGUCCUGCAAGCGCGAGUUGGCCGUACGGGUGCGAGCAGCGGUCAGGAGGUGGUCACGGGCAGAGCGGAGGGUACGAGGAGGGGCAUAUCUAUGGAUUAGUGAAGAGAUAUAAGUGGGGCUAGAAUUGUUCAGUGCUUUAAAUGUAUAUCUAUCUAUCUAUCUAUCUAUCUAAUCUCUAUCUAUCUAUCUAUAAUAAAAUUCAAGGACACUUGUAAAGAGAAUGAAUUUAUUAUGGUUUCAGCAAGAUACUAGUCAAUGCUUUUUUUUAAAUUUUAUUUUUAUAUAUAUAACCAGUAGUAUGGUGACUAUAGUGUAAUACAGUAUAAACAAUAUAACUUUGCAUAAAGUUGCACUCACCGGAAGUAUAUGUGUAUUAGCAUGUUAGAAGUGCCUCCCCUGAUGAUGUGGGGGGCUAAAACACACUGCCCGUUCUGGUCACUUUCACCAAUGAUGCACGAGGACUCCAGCACGUAUAUGGCAAAAUACAUGUUUAUUAAAAUACAUAAAAACAGCAGGAAAAAGGUCCAACACGUUUCCCCCUAUUCGGGCUUCCUUAGGGGCCACAAUCAAAAUAACAUUUAUUUGCGUUCUAAAACACACCCCUUUUCUAUACUUAUAAAUCGUGUUAAAUUGGAUCUGUCUUGUUAGUUAUUUGUGGUUUUUGUUUUUUAUAUGGGCAAUGUUUACAAUAUACAUAUAUAGUUAUAGGUAUUUGACUUUUAGUGAUUUGGUUAUUCCUAAGGCAAGUUAUCCAUACAUUAGACAUGUUUAAAGGGACACAAUAGGCACCCUGACCACUUCAGCUCAUUGAAGUGGUCUGGGUGCAUUGUCCCAGGUCGCUUAACCCUACAAAGGUAAUUAUUGCAGUUUUUAAUAAACUGCAAUAUAUACCUUGAGCGUUAACUCCACCUCUACUGACUGUCUACCAGACAGCCACUAGGGGGACUUCCGGGUCUUUAGGCAACUUUUGGUUGCCUAACUGACGCUGGAUGUCCUCACGCUAUGCAUUUGCAUUCUACAUAUAUAUUUAUAUGAAGUCUGAACCAGUGCCGCCAGAUGUUGACAGAAAGGGUUUUUACCCACGAGGGAGGGGGGCACUAUAGGGAGCUAUAGUGCCAGGAAACCAACUUUGUUCCUGGCACUAUAGUUCCCUUUUAAUUAUAGCUGAAGUCUUUAUAUGUUUGUGAUUGGAAAACACAUUUGGGAAUUUGGGGAUGUAUGGACAUAUAGGAUCAGAGAUUUGUGUGUUUGUUAACAUGGAAAUGUAGUUGCAUUGAGGAAAGCUGUAACUUUUUUUCUCUGAAAUGUUCAAUUCCCUUGUUAAAUCUCCACAAUUCCUAGUUUAAUAAUAAUCUCUUCUACUUCUUCCCUCUCUUCCCCCUUAGCUCCCCCACCCCCAAAAUCUGUCUUCUUUAACAAAACCUUUCUGUCUCUCACCGCUGCCUCUUCAGAUGGACUUUCUAUAAGUUGUCUUGUAUUUCAGAAUCUUCUUUGAUGUUUCCUUCUCUGUCAUCUUCUGCUUCCACGCUCCAGCUCUCUGUAACCCUCAUACUUUUUCUUUUAUGUUCAUUUUCUUAGAUGUUUUUUUUUGUAAGGGGUUAAUUAUAACCUGGUUGCCCAUCUGUAAUGUACGCUUCUCCGCGAGUCGCAUACAUCGGUCUAAAGAACACCAAAGAAAUACGCUGCUAGCAGCUAGGUAGAUCCUGAAAACAAAUUCUCAAGGGGAAACUGCUUUAUUCCGAGUACACAGGUGGAAGAAUUCACACGUCGGCUGUUCUCGUGCGUUAGAAUGUUGUGACUGAGUAUGUAGCAGGCGACUAGUGACAUAAAUCACUGGGGGAGAUUAGCAGAAAGUCCCAAAACAAAUCACUAGCUAUUUAACCGAUAGGACGAUUUUGGUUAAGUAAAACAAAUGUAGGUUUUAUUUUAUUAAAAAUCCAUUUUGUAAUGUUUAAUAUUCAUCUUAGAAGCAUGUUGACCGUUUUUGAGACGUUCCACUAUUAAUCCCGCAAGGAUAACUCAUUUUACUCUAGAAUGCCUGAUGGGAGAUGCAGUUCAAAGAAGCAGGUGUCCCUGAAGAUGUCUUAGUGAAUCUCUUUAGUGUGUUAAGGGAAAGAGAAUUAACAGCGAGCAGGUGGAUUAAGAUUUGCUAAAAUACCUUUAAGAAAUACACACCUGUAUGUGGACCUACCCUGUGUGAGUGAAUAGGGAUCGUUUGUGUUGUUCCUAGUGCUGUGUUCAUCAUCACUGCCAAGCAAAUAAACCCAUGAAUCAGUGAUGUAUAAUCAAAAAAUAAUACCAAACCAAGAUGUUACAAGCACAACUUAAACCCUAGCUUAUAUUCAAGGACUUGAGAUAACGUGCACAUAAACUUUUUUUUCUUCCACAGUGAUCCUGAAAUUUAUUUUCCAGAGCUGCCCAAUAGUGAUAGGAGUUUGAGCUCAAGUUUAAUUUAGGUACAUAGUUUUUUUUAUUUUUUAUAAUUUUUUAUUUUUGUAGUGCUUUACAGAUUUCACAUAUAAACAUAGACAUUGCAAAAGGUAUUAACACAUCCAGUACAGAGCAUCACAUGUCUGAUUCAUAGCACUAUUUUUAAAGUAAUGUGGUUUCAUCAAGAGUUAAACUUCUGUGUCAGUUACAGGUUACGACAUAUGAGGUACGGAUACAGAUAAACAUACUGACAUUUUUGUGGGUUUUUGGGUCGCAAGCUUAGCCAAGAUAGGUGUGAAGGCAGGUUACCACCAGGUAGAGUGUAAUAUACUGGGCAGUCGUCAGCAGAAGGCAUGAAAAUAAAAAUAACAUUUACUUUAACAUUAACUGAGGAGAUACACGCUUAUCCGUAAAUGCAGCCUAAGUGACCUCUGAUGUGGCUAACAGUGGUACAAUACACGUUGUGUGUCUUGUUUCUUAUAUGUUGUCUGAAACUGGGGUCGCUGCUGGCUCUGGCAAUGAGGAAGAUAGGAAAAAGCAGCCUGUUCUGAGACAUGAGGUGAGUCCCUGUAAUGCACCUAAGAGGCCCGCUGAGUCCCAAAGUCCCGCCAUAGGCCACAGUGUGUACAGACCGUUGUUGACAGGCUUCCCGGCUGUUGGAUGGUUAUAGUCGCAGUACUUUCCAACCCACGGUGUCCAGGUGCAGGCUGCAGUAUAGUGGAGUUGGUGCAUGGAGAUGACUUCCCUGAGUGCACUUCCAGUGUUGGUCUCUGGUGUCGGUUUGAGGACCGGUGGUCACGCGCACUCAGUCGGAGUAGGCACUGAGUUAGCACCUAGGGAUUGCCACUGCAGUGUGAGUAGGUGUAAUAAAUGCAGGCUGCUGUGGUUCUUGCCUGUCUUCAAGCUUAUUACAGGAGUGUUCACUUUGAAUGACGAGAGCCAUCUGAGAAUCCCCACGAUGUCAGCUCGGAUUGUGAAGUUUACGAGCACUGCUGCAGCGUGCCACAGAGGGUUCAUCCUUGGUGGCCAGUGGGAUCGCUACGCCGCCGUCAGCCAUUUUAGUGAGGCCGUGUGGGAGCCUUUUGCUUUCGGCGUUGAGCCGCCCAGGUGGGUUGCUGAGGUGGUAGUUUGCCUGGUGGGGACCAGGAUAACCCCCGCUGGUCCAAAGGGGGGGUGAACGGGGCCAGGUGGGCCUCAGGUAUGUUGCAGUUUAGUAUCAUCUGGGGCAGAAAGCGAGGCAGCGGCCGUCUGCCCCACUCUCCUCCUGGGUAGGCCUCAGUCCUCAAGCCCCAGAGCAUCUCUCCAGAACCCAGAAUCACCCGAUUUCAGGUGCUCCAGCUGAACCGGGACACUCCAGGACCUUUUACUAAGGGCUUUCAGUGUGUUGCAAGCAGAGUAAGGUAAGUAUUUACCCGAUAUUUGCUGGAUUUCUCAGGAGCCACAGUGACUUGCAGCCUGCAAGCAUGGCCGCCUGGCCCUUAAUUUAGGUAAAUAGUUACGUAGCUGGAUGGAGACAUAUGUCCAUCAAGUUCAGCCAAAAAAACUGAGUUUGAAGUGCUUCCAGUUUUGCCACAAACUAGGAAAAAAAAUCCUUCUUGACCCCAGAAAAGUAGUCAGAUAUCUUCAUGGAUCAAGAAACUAUUAUCUUACAAAUUAAAAAUGGUAUCCCUGAAUAUUAGGUUUUUGCAAGUAUUCAUCCAAUUGAUGUUUAAACAUCUAUAUAGACUCUGAUAAAACCACCUCUUCAGGCAGAGAAUUCCAUUUCCUUGUUCUUGCUUUAAAAAACCUUUCCUUUGUCUUAGACUAAAUCUCCUUUCUUCCAGUCUAAAUGCGUAACCUUGUGUCCUAUAUAUAGUCCUGUUUCUGAAUAUGCCAUGCAUAUAUUUUUGUAAUUUGCCAUAAAAUCUUCACCUGACAUCAUACCUAGAAGUGUACGCACCAGUCGCUGAUCCAGAACUUGAUCUUCGUUAGGGCACUGUUGUAUGCUGUGCCAGAUUUUAGCUUUAUGAAACGGGCUUAUGCAUUUGCACAUAAAACAUACUGAUAUCCAUAUACAGACAGACAUUGGAAGUACACAACCACACUAAAAUACACAUAUAUACAACAUGGUUACAAGCAGUUCAGUGGUCAUUCAUUUAAACUCUGCUGUCUUGACCUUUCGGUGGGAACUUUUGCUCCAGUGCCCCGUGUGGAUCCACCACUGGUGUGCAUUUGUGUUAUUUUUCCUUACGUCUUUGUUCUCUGGGGAAUCUUUUCACACUGUGAUUAAAAAAUAUGUAGAGAUUUCAGAAAUAAUAGAGAAUAGUGAUGCAGUAAGCUAGUAGAGGGUUUUAAAUAUUAUACACCAAAUAUUUCAUUGCUUACUAAGCAGAUAUAAAUGUGCUUAGUUUACAGAAAACUGGCAAAACAAAAUUUCAAAAAAUAACCCGUGCUUCUCAACCUUGUUUGUGUUAGCAUCAAAAGCAGUACAAGCUGUUGCCUUUUUUUUUUCUUUAGCGUUAGAAUAGGUGUAAUUAGUCCCCCCGUCAAUUAAUGCACAAAUAGCAAGUAUACCAGAUAGGAACUAGCUCUCUUCAACAAAUUCACCAAUAGCAAUAUCAGGAUUGUAAAGAAAGAGAAGACCAAUAAUUCAUAUUAUUCACAUCAGGGGAUUCAAUUUUUCUAAAAAAAAUAUAGUAUGGAUUGCAUGCUUUUAUUGCAUUUAUUAUAGAUCGGGGUAGGCAACCGUUAUCUCAUCAGAUGUUGUGGACCACAUCUCCCAUUAAUGCUCUCACAGCCAUAAUGCGGGCAAAGCAUCAGGGGAGAUGUAAUUCACAACAUCUGGAGUGCCAAAGAUUGCCUGCCCCUGAUCUACAGUGUUUGUUAGUCCGCCCGUUGUAAAGGGCUGCGGAAUUUGUUGGCGCUACAUAAAUAAUAAUAAUGGCGCUUUGGUCGGUACAUGGAGCUCCCUUGGAUCCUUGGUAUUGUUGGAUGCCUCGCCACCUCCUCUGUCACCCUCCAAAAGGUGCCCUGAUUGGUGGUUCUGGGACCGAGAGGGCCCUCGUCAAAGGUUACCGGACCGCUGCAGGUCUGCGAUCCAAUCAAGAGUAGCAGAAGGUUUGCAGAUAGCUCCUUGUCAGGCGCACAAUACCUCAGGUUCUCCCAGGCCAGCCUAUGAAUGCUUUGAGACCACAGAGAGGGAGCGCUGGAAUGGGAGACAUGGGCUGGAGGUGUAAAUGAUUGUGAAAUAGUCCUUUUGGAGGAAGGUGGUGGGUGGGACAGAUGUACCAGUCCUAACUGACCAGGUGGUCUGUCAAAUAAAGUCUACCCUAGAAAUGGAAAGGAGCAGAUAAGUGCUUUUUUACCACCUAAAGUCUCCCAACAGUCACAAUUUUGGUGAAAAAGUCCUGAUUUUGGCAUUCUGUCCUACCGUCCCGAUUUUGUUCUCUGGUUUUUCACAUCCGGGGACCCUUGGGAAUGGUCACCAGCCAGCACAUUAGAUGCUUUCACAUUUUACUGAGGUACUAGGACCCUGCAGAUAGCAGCGCUAUUUGCAUGGAGUUCCCCGAAUGGGGCCACUCCAGAGUUCUGGAGUUUACCUGACAUGCCCCUUCUGUGGGAGUGCCUGACCCAUUUUCUAGUGUGCCAAAAUUGUGAGGUUACACUACCUGGUAAGGCUGCAAAUCUCAAGUUUUACGCUACUAGCCAGGCCUAAAAUUUACUGCAAAUAAAAAAUUUCUCCUGCAGUGCGACCACUGGCAAUUGACAGCAAGAGUAGCCUUUGUGGACGUAAGUGUAACAGUUUUCAUGAGAAUACAUUCUAUGAUUAAAGUAGCUAACAGACCUUUGUAAAAAAAAUAUUAAUACUUAGCUUCUAUUUGAUCCGAAUAAAAGUCUAUUCAUAGGAACAUCAUAUGUGUAGAUGAAAGCCAGCGGGCAGCUUCCAAAAAAAGCUUGAAGUGUUUAACGCCUCUCAGAGUGCUUACUCGGAAGCAGACAGUUGUCUAGAUUUGUAAUACGGAUUAGAUUUGUAUCGUUUAGUUCCCCUUCCUUUUUCUUUAUUUUUUUCUUUAGCAAAAGCAACCUCCUUGCUUUCAAAUGCAAUUCUUUUCCUUCUUAAAAUGUUUAGUUGUUGUUGUGCCUCGUACAUACAUAGUUGUUAACCUCAUACAUACAUAGCUGAGAGCAAAUUCCCAUAAAGUUGCUAAAGAAUUCUAUGUCUCAGGACAACUAUAGGUGUCCUUCACUUUGAGCAUGCCAAGCUCUUAGUUGGCCUCACAGCUUUCAAUUUAAAGAAGACUGUUGUAGUUAUUAAAGACUAGAAGCACUGCAGGUUAAAGAAAUUGGUCCUGUGGUCGAGAUCCUUCUCAAGAGAUUGAAGGCGAUGGACCUAUAGUACCGUACAAUAGAGGAGGAAGGUACAGUGAAGAUGUGGAAAUUUUACCAUGGACAGGUAAGAAGACAUCGGGAAUGAAGCUACUUGUGUGCUGUACCUAUAUUUGUUUUCCAAAGGCUUUCUGUCCAGUCAAUGAGAAAAUACUAAGUUGGGGCUAUUGUCAUUUCGUUCCAUGACUUCUUUAUUUUAAUUCCUGAAUCAUUGGAAAUGUACCCAGGUAUCGAAAGCAAUAAUACCAACAUAGAGAAAAAAAAGAACAGGUUCAAGUAAAAAUGGAUAUAUAUGAACCAAAUACUGUCCUAAAAAUUCACCGCUUCUGCUCACUGGUAAAUAUCUUUAUUUGUUUAUGAGAUAGAUAGCUCGGUUGGUUAUUUCACCAAUAGCAGAACCUACUCAAGCCCUGGGGUACUGGUCUAUUUAUGGAGUGGUCAACUGAGCCUUUACCCCUGAUCUUACAUAAUAAGUAUCGCUGCACACAUUUGUAUCGUUCGGGAGCGUUCUGGAAAAAGUGAAAAAUAUUGCUGUAUCCUUCGUAGUAAAACAUUUUUUGUUAUUAUUUUGGGCCUGGAUUAACUUGUCCUAAAGCAAUUAUGCCUACAUACUAGAAACGAGUAUACCUAACAAACAUUGCUUGGGCAGCCACUGGAGCUACAAAUUCCCGUACCCAAUGUAGCUAUUAGAUGUUAUCAAGUGUAAAAUUAGGACAUGUCCCAUUUCACGGACAAUUAAUAUUUUUUCAUAUCAUGUUAAUUUAGCUUAUAUUUGGUAUGUACUGCAGCAAACGAAACACAAACCCAAAGUGGGAAAUUAAUAUAUGUUACAUUGAGUGCUUAGUCAUCUUACACCAUGACUGGUAUGACUGCUGAUCCAGAACCCACUAGUGCCUGGCAUCAGUCUGCUGUUGGGGUGUUUACUCUUAAGGUAGUUCUUCCAUGAUUUUUCCAUGAGUCCAAACGCAGUCGGGCUACUGCCAUCAGCCCUUAGCAGUCUGCGACUCCCCAAGUCGAAUCGGCGUAUCAGAUAUCUUUUAAAACUGUGCUGGCUCUUGAAUAGCAAAUGCUGUGACAAAAGAGAAGAACAAAUACACAAAGCAAAAACAAUGCCACUUCUUAACGAAAACAAUGAGCGGGGAGACAAGUCAGACUCUCUCAACUUAUUCUUCGCUGACUGGUAAGUCUCCAUUCUAUCCUCCCUGAUAUAAAGGCUACCUCAAUUUUGCAACGUUGUAUCUCCUAUUGUCCAGCACUCAAGUUGGUUGUCAGCGGUCUUUUUCCCCCCUCCCUAGGAGUCCAGGGUAAUUCUUUUCUGCAGUAUUAUGGAAAAUAUCCCUAAAAUAAAAUAUUUGGAGCGACCAUCUUGGGAAGGUCACAAGGACAUCUAUAGAAAAUAUCGCUAUCCUCCAUGUUGAACGUUGCAAGAUCGAUCUGGAACUCCCAAAUAUGGGCAAGGGGCUGGUUCCGUUCUUAAUUUAACACAUGUAUAUUGUUUUUAAUGUGAUUGUGCUAUAAAAGAAUUUUCUUUUCAUUUGUUAUACCAUAUGCACCUUGCUUUAUAUUACUUUUUGUUUAAUGAAAGUUAUUUUACUUAUUUCAUCUGGUUCCUGAAUUACUACUCAGAUGAAUAUCAUCACCUUCUGGGGGACCCGAACUCACCUUUGUACCUGCAUCUGAUUGAUGAAAACACCAUUACAGUUUAGAGCCGACUUAUAUAGGCUCUAAAUAUUGUGAGUGCUCCAAAUUAUUUUAACUUUUUAUUCUGUAUGUACAUACUGUCCUAUGAUGGCCAUUUAUAUUUACAGUGUUUAGGUAUUUUACAACAAUACCAAGAAAAUCAUCUGCCAUUGUGUGCGCAAUCACCCUGUUUCUGUAUCCAAUUGUAAAAUAUACACAGUGAUCCGUCAUAGGUAAAGAACCAGUAGGGGCCUGGGUCUGGUACCCUUUAUGGCCCGGCAUGGGUAUAGUGCUAUUACUGGACUGGCAUGGGUAAAAUACCAGUGAUGAAAUGCGUAAUGUGCCACUGAUGAUCUUGCAUGGUUAAGGAAUGUGGAAUAGUAACUAAAAUGACAGGUACUGUAAGAAGUAAAUCUGUAUCUCAUCCAGAUCUGGGUUUGGGAAUAAAGGCUCCUAUUCACAUCUAUAGUUUAAUGGAUCAUCAAGAAAAACCCAAGGUUAGAUUUAAACUGCCCUUAUCGGGUAAGAUUAUUGAAUUUAAGAUUUUGUACGUAUGUGGAAAUCCAUGAAAAGGAUUAAUCUUCCUAACUGACUUCCAUUGGCACAAACCGAGCAACGUCCAAUAGUUCCAUCCUGAAUGGAAUGCUUUGCCAUGCGCGCAAGAGCCAAACACCAAAGAUUUUACAGACAGAUGCUGAAGGAUGGUACAAAAAAUGAUAUUAAUUCAUCUAGAAGUCAAAGGAAACUUUGGCUGGCCCUGUGGCCGCUCAACAUACAAUCCAAACGCCAAAGGCAAGAAACAAAGUCUGCCAGACUGAUUAACCAUGUGUGGCAAAUAACAUAGACCUAGAGUGUUAUCCUCGCUUCAAUAAAAAGAAGGGGGAAAAAAAAUAAUCUAUUUUUAUCUUGUUUUUAAACAAAGUCGAAAUAUAAGCCACUGACAAAUUACUGAAGUGAGAAGAAUCUUCAUGGGUUCCUCUCCGGUUCCAGAAACAUAACACAUUAAAAAAGAAUUUGCUAAAAUAAUUCUCACUCCACAACCUGUCUAGCUCCGAUACUCCGUUCUACUCCUAGCUGUCGUUCUAUUUCAUUAUUUGGCAACACGUUUCAAUUUGUAAUAAAGCUAAUCACUAAUCUCGCUUUCGGCGCCAAGCCCAAUUAAUUAUGGGAUCUCAUUUGACGUAAAGCUUUAAAGAAUUUUACUGUUUUUUUUUUGGCUUUUCUUUAAUUAUUUUUAGAUCAAUCAAAAUAUCAUUGUUUAUUGUUUCACACUUUGCAGAGAAUGCUAAGAUGAUAUGAACACGUAUCAAAGAAAUUAAUCAUCGGAAUGUAGGGAUAUAAAUUAAUAUGAUAUAUUUAGCCAUUUAUUAAUCUGAGACAUAAAAGGUUCUAUUUGGGUUCAUUUGUUUUGAUAAAUAACUGUGGCUUGAAACGUGCUUGAUUUUGGAAACAUGUUAAGGUUAAGGCAGAAUUAGUGGACAGGUAUCUCUUAAUCUGUUGCUGAACUUUAAAUUAAAUACUUCUUUAAAUGAUGUCUUCUAAGAGAUAUCUUCUGAUAAUUAGAUGACUGCUUAUCUACUGAUUUUCUCGUUAUCGUAACGAAUACUGGAUACCAGCAGAAUGCAACUGCAGUACAUCAAUCAAUAUGGUGAAAAAAAGACGAACGACGAACAAUAAUAAAUCUCGGUUCUCUAUAUAUUGCAUUUUACCUUGCCUUCACUAAAAAUUCAAUAUACAUUUUUCUGAAUGGACAUAUAUGUAUUUAGAAGUUGUUUAAACAGAAAGAAUACAGUGAGAAUUCAUUUUGUCCAGGGAUGCUCAACCGGUUCAGUAUAACUAUAAUAAAUAUAAUAUUAAAUAUCUUGAGAAGUAACAGAUCCCUUUUAAUCAGAGGUCGAUAAAAGCUAAAACAGAUGCAGAAUAAAUAUCUUAUAACACCAUAUUGUUAACACUAGCGGUACACUGCCAGAUAACGAUCUUGAGCAGAAGUUCUGACACUUUUUUUUUUUUUAUUAAAUGAAGAGAGUGGGAAAGAAAAAAUUUAAACACAGGGAGAAAAAGGUAGCUGUUAGGACAGAAAAGUGAGACCCAAGACAAAAGAAAGAGUCUCAAUGGCCCUGGCCCCAUUGGGGAAAAACCCUCCGUCUGUGUACAGAGCCAUUCGGACUGCGAAAUCCAGACACUGUUUGUGCUAUUUAUCCAUGUCUGGAUUUUGCAGUUCUGGUGCCGAAUGGGCCUGAAUUUUGUCCGGAUUCCAGUCAGCUAGACAGCUGAAACCUAGAUCCAAACGCUUCAAAUCCAGUCCCUAUCAAGUAAGAGGGGGGCAUGGUCCCACAACUGUGCCCCCUACUAGUGAUCAACUAAUUUUAUGCCAGGGAACACCUAACAUGCUCACCCCAGGUGCCACCCAUUAGCAGCUAAUGGGGGCAUUAUUAAUAGUAUAUGGGGGACCUAAGGUCCCCCAUUCAAGCCACAACCCAUGGGCGGUUGUGGAGGCUCUAAGUAAUUAUACAAGUGGGGGGUGAACAGUACCAAUUAGUGGCAUGGUCCAUCCCUCUGCCAGCUUGCACAUAAUUGCCCCUUGUGUUGCUGGGAGUUUUUUUUUUUUUUUUUACUAUUUGCAAAUAGUUCUUCAAAUUAUAAAUUCACUUGGGAUGCAUUCGAUUCCGAAUUUUGUUAAUAUCGGUGCUUUGUGAAUCCUCCUAAUCCCAUGCUUUUUAUAACAUUCGGAUGCAAAAGCACUGACUUUCAUGCAGACACCGAAUGCAUCUGUGUAAUUACUGCAGAUUAGCUCGGCUCAACUGAAUUCCGACCGCCUUUAGUAAAUAUAAAAACUGCCAUUAUGGUUUGUAAUUUGGUCAUUUUUACCAGAUUUUGUGUGAAUGUUUAGUGGAUGACCCUGUUUGAAUGCAGUAGAGGGUAGAGAGAAUCAUGGGAUUUGUAGUCUAGCAACAUCAGGGGGGAGGGUGGGGAUGAAGCAAAGUUUUAGAUGCAUGGCAUAGAGUUAUGCUUACAUCCCUCCUGUUUUGAUAUAACAGAGCACUUUUGCUGACUUUAUAAGAACCUUGAACCUUUUACACCUCUGGUGUGACUUUGCUGUGUAGCUGUAAGAAAAAUGUAAUUGCAUUAUAAACCUUGUUCUAUAAACAUCUACAGUAAAAGCAAAGUAAGUCCCAGCUGGCUGUUGGUUGACUGUGACGUCACCCCAGCCAAUAGCCAAUGGAGAGUUGCGUCUGUUGGCUUCCGGGCUUCACAGCACAAAAUUGAGAGAGAAUAUUGAAAAUAUUGCAAGAUACAAGAAACCUUCCUUAUUGAUUUUGGUAAAUUCUGCAGAUGUUUUCUGCUACGAUUAUCUCUAAGCUAUUCAUUCUUUUAUUUAUUUAUUUUCUUUUAACUGUGUAGGAGAUUAAAAUGCAUUGCAGUUAUUACUUAAAGGAACACUAUAGUGUUAGAAAUACAAACAUGGAUUCAUGACAACAUAGUGUUUUAACUAUUUAGGUGACCAUCCGUCCCCCCUCCGUCCCCCCCUCUGAUUGCAUGGGAAAUGUCAGUUUACUUGCCUUUUUUCCCACGCGGCACUGAUCUUGCCCGUAGCAGGUCCGCCUCCAUGGCUGAGAUCAUCAGUCUUGAUCAUCUCAGCCAAUCCAAUAGUUUCCCAAAGGAAAGCACUGGGAGUCUAUUGCGCCUGUGCAUCUCUAUGCAUUCAGUGCCUCCAUGCAGUGCGUGGAGACGCUGAAUGCCAGUGUUGCACAAUGUGCAGCACUGGACUAGGAAGCACCCCAUAGUGGCCAUCUGAGUGACUGUCACUAGAGGUGUUACUAACCAGCAAUGUAAACACUGCCUUUUCUCUGAAAAGACAGUGUUUACAGUGCUACGACUGCAGAGUCAGGCUGUAGACACCAGAACAACUACCUUAAACUGUAGUGAUUCUGGUGACUAUAGCGUCCAUUUAAGGCUGAUUUUGCCUCUAUAAAUAGUUUUCUUCUUUUGGUUGGAGGAUUAUUUUAUGAAGCUGUCGGUAGACAAAAGCUUCCAGGAGAACAAGGGAACAGAAUAAAAUAAUAACCUUUAGGAAAUCUUUUUCUUUUCAGUACCAUAUGCCCCCCAGGUAUGUACAGGCCAUGCGACUUGGCCAUUUUAAGAAGUAAAACCAGACACAGUCUCAUGGCUAAGUAAAAAUUAGUUGUAAGUCAUGCUUUUACUUUGUACUUAAAAACAAAAAUAUAUAUAUUUUUUUAUUUGUGUACCUGUUACAUACAAGACUGUUCUGGCACAACCUGGCAUUUGAUGCAAAGUUGAAAUAUCCCAUGAUUCACAACUUAGGUCCAUGACAAUGCAUGCAUGCACUGAUCAACAAGGUAAAUAUAAUACGAGCACACAUACAUGUUCUGAUCAUCUUCAGAGAAUGGAAGCACAGACUGGCAGAAUGUUCUGUGAAGUCAGGUAUACUUUUUUAUGCCAAAGGCAGUUCAAGGAGGAACUGUCAACAACAAGAAGGCUACAGCUCACCUUUAAGAUAUGGUUCCUUGUGAAAUGACUCCGCUGUGACUUGAAGCGUAUGUAUAAAUCUCAGGAGUCAAACCACAUGCUCCCCUGGACAACUGACCUUACAUCCGUACUAGACACUCGAUGACAACCUCACAUUAUCACAUCCCUGACCCGACCCCAACAUCUCAUUGUGUUGUUCCAUCUCAAGCUUCCCUGCUAGAGUCAAGAGUACACAUACAGUACAGAUAACCUUAUGAAUGCAUUCAGAGCUUAGAUCAAUGUGGCAGAUUCUGAAGGGCUGAGCGCGCACGCUGCAGUAAGCUUUCAAAACAGUCUUCAGGCUUUUUCUCUAGGAAAUCCACACGAUGGUGUACAGAUGCCAGUGUGUGACUGAUGGGUUGAUUUGCAGUAACGAUAGACUGAUCCUGUCACUCUGAUUACGUAUUAUUCCAUUCCGCUCUCAUACACUCGGCAAUGUAAAUUGAGAAUAGUUUGCAGGGGCAAAAAAAAACAAAAAAACAUGGGGAUUGGCCUGUGUGAUUCCAAAGAUCAAACAUCCAAAAGACUGUUUUGAUUGACAUCGACUCACACAAUAUUAAUUAAAUAACACAAAAAGCAUCCUUCAUUCUGAAGGAUAUGUCAGCCAGAUAAAUUAUAGAUUUCAAAUCAUCACGAAUGCCCGUAAUAAUUGUAUAAUAGUUAAUAUUUAACUGUGGAUACGUGGUCGAGUGAUGACGUAGCAUGCUGCACGCUGCUACUCUAACGGGUUUAGGAGCCGGGCGAAGAACGAUGGAGGGAGAACGCCACGGCUUCUGAUGUGGGUAUCUGGAUCUAGGGUGGAUGGCAGUGGGAUAAAAAACUUUCUAAAGAAGACUUCUCCUGGAAAAAAAACCUGAAAUGUUUCUGCAGGGCUAAAGAGCAAGCUUGAGGGCUGGAGAACCCGAGAGUCUCGAGCGGGGCAGUAGGAGGGCGAGACAAACGCCGACAGGAUGGGACGAAGGGCUGUCUGCUUGCAAUGACAUUGGGGAGCUAGUGCUGUGGACAAUGCUGGACCCUGCAUGGUGAAAAUAACUUUAUACAACCAGCAGAUUUGAUCUCAAGAAAGGGGUCCCCUGCUUUACAGGAGAAUAAAAAUGAACCAUUGGAGAAACAUUUAUCCUUUUUUUCACCCCAACGCCAGAAAACAGGGGAUCAAAGUAACUCAUUGGAUGAAACAACAAAGAGUGGGGAACAAAAAGAGCAGAAAAGGCUGAGACUGCAAUUGAGCCCCAAAGGGUGACGGUAGAUCUGCAUAACAGUGCUCGGGAAAUACAAUUUAUAAAGAUCAGAAAUGAAAUUUAACACUUUUCAGAAGAGUUUAAAAAGGAUUUAUUCAACAUCAAUGGCAAAGUAAUAGAAAAUUCGGAAACAAAUGGGACAAGGUUCGACACAGAACCAGAAUGAUAUUGAUCAAUUAAAGGAACACUAUAGUCACCUAAAUUACUUUAGCUAAAUAAAGCAGUUUUAGUAUAUAGAUUUCCCUGCAAUUUCACUGCUCAAUUCAUUGUCAUUUAGGAGUUAAAUCACUUUGUUUCUGUUUAUGCAGCCCUUGUCACACUUCCCCUGACUAUGAUUGACAGAGCCUGCAUGAAAACAAAACUGGUUUCACUUUCAAACAGAUGUAAUUUACCUUAAAUAAUUGUAUCUAAAUCUCUAAAUUGAACUUUAAUCACAUACAGGAGGCUCUUGCAGGGUCUAGCAAGCUAUUAACAUAGCAGGGGAUAAGAAAAUCUUAAUUAAACAGAACUUGCAAUAAAGAAAGCCUAAAUAGGGCUCUCUUUACAGGAAGUGUUUAUGGAAGGCUGUGCAAGUCACAUGCAGGGAGGUGUGACUAGGGUUCAUAAACAAAGGGAUUUAACUCCUAAAUGGCAGAGGAUUGAGCAGUGAGGCUGCAGGGGCAUGUUCUAUACACCAAAACUGCUUCAUUAAGCUAAAGUUGUUCAGGUGACUAUACUGUCCCUUUAAAAAGUAAAAUUGCUCAAAUGGAACAAAAACACGCAGACCUGGAAUACAGGUCACGCCGCAACAACUUAAAAGUAAGGAAUAUUCCAGAAGAAGUUCCCACAGAAAAACGUGAAGAAUUAAAAACAUUUUUUGCCAGUAUGAAUAUAAAAAACGAGAGACGUGGUCCUUUAAUGGAACGAUGGCAUAGAAUAUCCAAACCUAAACAUCUGUCUACAAAUAUCCCCAGGGACGUCAUGAUCUGCUGUUCGUCAUUUUAAAUGAAACUAGCCAUAACAAAUUCAUUUAGAGAAGGAAAACUUCAUGCUCCUCAUGAAAAAAUAACCGUUUACUCGGAUUUAUUGAUAUAAACAAGAACCAAAAAAAAUCCUACGCAAAAUAUACAGAAAUAUUAAGAGCCAACAACAUCCAAUACAGAUGGGGAUUACAUGUAAGACUAUGGCUUUAUAAAGAUUCAAGAACAUAUGCAAUUGACGCCCCAGAAAAGCUGAAAUAUUGGCUGCAAGAGAGACAUAUGAUCCUAGAAGCUGAUGGCCAAUAAUCAAGAAAAUGGAAGUGAUAGGAAGGAAAAUGUGAAUGAACAUUAAGAGACACAGAAUAUUAGUUUAUAUCUAUAUACUAAGAAGAAGAUGAUGAAGACAGAGGAAGGGGAUGAGAAGAAAGAAGAGGAAGAUAUAUAUAUAUAUAUAUUUUAAAUUAUAUUCCUGUUUGGCAAAGGAAGAGGCAGGGAGGGAGUAGGGGGAGCGGAAAUGAUGAAGGGUAAAAGAUUUAUAUACAUAAUAUGAAGCUGAAGGUGGAUUGAAAUCGUUAAUUGGGUUUUUUGUAGAUACGACACAUUUAUAGAUACACAUGAAACACUAGAGGAUAGUUGAAAGGUGUAAGAGAAGGGAAAAAGUAAGAGAAAAGAAAUGAAAGAGAAAAUAGAUAGGAAGAUUAUGGUAAUUAAAAAGGGGAAAAUAAGAAAUUUUGAGUUUUUAUAAAAUUGAUAUAUUUCACACUAAGAUUCUAACCCACGAAACACUACAAGUAAUACAAAACUAUGCACAAAUAUAGAAGAGAAUAGUAUUUAGGAACACUAUGAAGCAAAAGAAGUUGAUGUAUAAUUAUUAAGAUAAAAAGGUAAUACACACUGUGAUUAAGAAUUGUAAAUAGAGAACAACAUUUUGAAAAAGAAGUAAUAAUAACGACAAGUUUAUUUGGUGUACUUGUAAUUAAUGCUAUGAGAUUCUAAUUUAUAUAUAUAUAUAUAUAUAUAUAUUUAAGAUUGAAAUCUUUCCAAUAUUAUAAGAGCAAUAAAGCGGAUAAGAUGUUAACUAACAAAUUGAAAAAUAUUCAAAAAACUAAAUCUACAUCUAAAAUCAUUUAUAAUAAUGAGACUCUCUAAUCCCCUGACAAAAUAGCUAAAGCUUUUGAAAAAUAUUAUAGUAGUUUCUACAGUAUCAAUCUUAAGGAUCCCCUACAAAAUGCCGAUUUGUAUUUUCAAGAGAAGGAAUUUAAAAAACGAACUCCUGCACAACUAGAAAAACUUAAUGAACCCUUCACACUGAAAGAGAUCAUAGAUAUAAUUGAUCAUUCAAAAUCUAAUAAAGCACCAGGACCUGAUGGUCCAACAGCCCUGUUUUAUACAUUAUUUUAAAAAGAAAUGGCGCCUUACCUAAAGAUUACUUUUAAAGAGUUUGCAGAAGGAAGUCUUCCAGAAGAUCUUUUAAGAGGGAAUAUAGUCACUAUCUUAAAACAAGAGAAAAAUCCUUGUGAUGUUACGAGCUACAGAUCUAUUUCUAUUUUAAAUGAAGUUCUAAAAUUGUACGCUGGUAUUGUGGAAAAUAAACUUAAAUCUGUUAUAACUAACUUAAUACAUAUAGAUCAGGGAUUUAUUCCAGGACAAUCAUCAACAAGCCAUAUACGAACAUUGUCAAAUAUCGUUGAGAUCACUGUGUAUAAGGGUCCCAAUGCUGGCCCUGUCAUUGGAUGCUGAAAAUGUAUUUGACAGGGUCAGCUGGGAUUUCCUUUCAAAUACCUUAAAAGCUUUUGGCUUUAUGGGUAGGUUCCACCAAGCCAUAAUGGCUCUAUAUUCGAACCCUACAUUAAAAGUAAUUGGCCAGGGUAUUUUCUCCAACCCAUUUAAAUUGAAUAAUGGUACUAGACAAGGCUGUCCGCUUUCUCCUCUUCUUUAUGUCAUAACCACUGAGGUAUUGGCCUCCGAGAUAAGAAAUAACAACAAAAUAAAAGGUUUUAAAGAUGAAGUGGAAAUUAAAAUAAAGUUGUAUGCUGACGAUGUACUCAUUGUGCUGGAAGAUCCAGUAAAUUUAAUCAAUGAACUAAUGGAGGUGAUACAAAGAUAUAGCCGAUUUUCAAAUUACAAACUAAACACCUCUAAAACAACAGCGCUCUCCUUUUUUUUUAACACCUCAGAUGAAAGUAGAGAUUUUGGAUAAGUUUGAUUUCCUUUGGACAAAUGAGCAUUUUUCCUAUUUAGGAUUAAAAAUUUCAGCAAACCCGCAAAAACGGAUGGAGAUUAACUUGCUCCCCCUGAUAAGGGAAGUUAAUAUUAAGCUAAAUACCUGGACAAAAAAAGAACUAUCAUGGUGGGGGAAGAUUAAUACUAUAAAAUUGUAUGUCUUACCUAAAAUAACAUAUAUCUCAAAGCUGGAUCAACUGAUUACAGUCUUCUUUUACUAAAUUCAUAUGUUAAAAAAAAAAAAAAGACAUAGAAUUAGUGCCAAAUUAUUGUAAAAGAAACUAGAAGAUGGAGGAUUAGGGAUUCCAUCACUGACAAGGUUGGUUCAGGCUACUUUUUAAAUUUAUUUUAUUAAAAUUCUUUAUUUUUCAUUGUGUGUGAGGUAACAUAAAUUCUUACAAAGCCACAACGGCAUAUGCAAGAAUGUUGAAAACACAAAGUUUCACGUAUAUGGCAUGAGAGUGAAAGCACAGUUGUUGUUUUUUAGGAAAAAGUAGUUAAACUAAUUAAAGACAAUUUGAUUAAUGCUGUCGAUUGUAAAGGUUCUCUUUGAGAUGUCCACGCUUAAUUUCUAAUAUGUGGUAAACAAUACUAUAAAUUCGUUGCUGUAAAUCAGUGAUGAAUCAGGGUGCCUCUAAAACUGAGUGUAUAAGCGACAGGCUUAAUGGGAAUAAACAGGCAAUAUUUUCAGGCCACUUUUUUUAACAUAUGCUAUACUAACCUUUCAGGAGCUAUCUCAGGAAGAAAGCUGGUACAAACUUGAAAGUAAGAGAAUUUGCCCUUAUAAAAAUAUUAUAAUUAGAAAAUCCCCUUUUUGGGGAAAAUGUUUUCCUUUGAAUCAUAUAUUGAAAAAUUGGUUUGUAAUAAAACGGAAAUUAGAUAUGGAAGAAAAUAUUUUUCCAUCUUUCAAAAUUGAAUUACUAAACGAUUUAUUACUUGACAAUCUACUCACAUGGUCUGAAAAAUGUAUUAAAACCGUUGAAGAUGUAAUUAUAUCAGGAAAAUGUAGAACUUUCAGCGACUUAAAAAUUACUUCAGAUUUUUUUGAUUAUAUGAAAGUAAGAUCAUAUAUAAUGAAAAGACUAAAACUAUCUUAUGAAGAAAAUUGAAAACAUUUUGAUAAAAUUAUUAAUUCAACGGACACUAAAAAACUAAUUUCUAAAACCAUUCUUUUGCUAUAUAAAAUGGAAAAUAAAUAUUUCCCAACAGCGAUAUCGAAAUGGAGCAAAGAUUUGGGUUUACAGAUCUCCCGUAAAGAGUGGUGUAGAUCAAUCCAGUUUUAAAUAAAAAUCUGAAUGAGCUACACUUUUACAUUUAGCUCCUAAAAAGAUGAAUAAAAGAUAUCCUAACCAUUCUUCUGGAUGCUGGAGAUGUGGGGGUAUUUACAUAUUUGGUGGGAGUGUUCGAUUAUCAAAGAACUAUGGCAGGAUGUCGGAAGAAAGAUAAACAAAAUACUAAAUAGCACAAUAUCCCUAAGACCAGAUCUGAUUUUUCUACAUAUUAAUAUAUCCAGUAUAAAAAAUAAAAAAAUAAAAGGAUUUAAUCUUGUUAAUCCACAUGUUGACAGCAGCUAAAUUAACUAUAGCUAGAAAUUGGAAAAGCCCAUUAAAACCUGACUGGUGUUUAAUUAAAUAUCAAUUAUGUCAUCAACUAAUUAUGGAAAAACAUAUUCCGACUCCUAACAAAAUACUUGGAUAUACUGUUUUUUGGGAUGAAUCAAUAAGAAAAAUCAGUAUGCUAUAAUGAAAACCUUAUAAAUCUAAGGGAAGUCUAGGAAAAAUGCACAAAACUCUCCCCUCUCUUUCCCCAAUCCCCUCGAUCAAGAGCUAUUUUUUUUCUUUUUUGUGAUGUUUUUGUGUAUGGUAUCAUCUUUAGGAAAUAUAGAUGUAGUGAAGUAAAUCUGUGCACGGUAUUGCACUGUAGAUAUGUCUAACAUUACGUACUAGUUUAGUUAUGUAUGUUUGAUCAAAGAAAGGAAAGGGAAAGGAAAAGAGAAGGAAUGGGGAGGAAAAGGUAAAAAAAAAAAGAGAGGAAAAAAAAGAAAAGAAAAAGUAAAUUCUCCAAACAGGGAAGGGCCCAGGUCCGGAUGGACUCAUUGAUUUAAAAAAAAUUAUAUAUUUUUAUUGUUUGAAUCAACUGUCUCACUACUGUUGCAUAGAUAAUACAUCGUAGUAAGGGAUCAGAUCCCCUUUCUUUCUGAAAUGUUUCAAGCAUUAACAACACCAAUUCCCAAACCAGAUAAAGAUCUUCAUUUUGUCUGAAACUACUGGCCUAUAUUGUUACUGAACAUCGAUAAGAUUUUCUCCAGGAUCCUAGCAGUUAGACCCAAAAAUUGAUCAUUCCCAAGUUAACACAUUUAGAUCAACCAGGCUUUAUAAUAAACAGAAUGGGAAGAGAUAAUGUCUUGAAGUUAUAAAAUAAUGUUCAAGGAAUUAAAAACAACUCAAUUCUUGUCACCGUUAUAGCUUAAGUUGCCUUUGAUAGAGUAAACUGUGCAUUUCUGUCAAAGUUCUCAUUUGGAAAUAAGGGAAUUUUUUAUGAUUGAAUCAUGUGUUUAUAUACAUAUGGCCUUAAAUCAGUUUAUGUAGAUCAACCACAGGUGCGUAUCUUCUUGUCUGGUGGAAAGGUGUUAGGAGAAAAGAUCUAUAGGAAAAAACAUUACACUUCCUUUCGUCAAUUUUUAAUUGUGAAAAUAGCGAAAUCUCGAGAGGCUGUCUUACUUCAUCUUAAAUGGACCUCUAUGUCUUCUUUGAAUAAAUCGAUCAUAAACCCAUCUAUUUCUAGCAACAAAGAACGUCAUUUCAAAACAAUGGAAAAUGGCUAUGAGUUUAAAAACCAACUUCUAUUUCAGGUUAAUAUGAAACCAAGUCUUAGUGGAUUAAGUGAAAACCAUAAAAAUGCAUCCUUACGGGACGUGUGUCUGGAAACAAAUCAAUGAUAGAUUAUACAUAUUCCGAUAUGGCGAUACUCAAUAGACUUGUAGAACUAAGAAAAACACAGUAGUAAAUAUAAAUGUACCAUAUAUAAUCCUGGAAAGGAUCCUAAAUAUUUUCGAAAACCUGGAUGCAAUACAGGUACAAUAUAUCGGUAUCCAUUUCAGUCUGUUAUAGCCAAUAAGUUGGCUGUUCGAUACAUUGUAGUUUCCUUUUCUCUCUCGCCACCAUAUAGAAAUCAUUUUAUGUCCGGUGUUAUGUCUUAUAAUUUGGUUUGUGUUUCAUGUUCUGUCUCAUACUCAGUUCAUUGUUAAAAAUACUCAAACAAAAUAUUAUUAAGUAUUAUGUGACCAACCUUAUAUUUAUUACGGCUAUUUUACUAAUGUAUGGUUUUGUCCUUUGUGUUUUAUAUUUAUAAAAAAAUAAAAAAAUAUUUAACUGUGGAUAAAGGAAUAUUGUCUUUCUCUUAUGUGUUGAAGCAAGAGGGAGCGACAUAUAAUUAACAGCCCCGAAGGAACGAUACUUAAUAACAAUGAUUGGUAAAUUUGUAUAGAAUUCGUAAAUUAGGAUAUUUAUUUACAUACAUCCCAUUGGCUACGCCGUGUUCUAUUGUAGAACACCAUCAAGCAUUCUAGUGCAGGACCUGAUCUUGUUGUUUGCGCUGUGCGUUAAAGGUAAAAUGCCAGGGUGGUUUAUCAUGAUGUACUGGUUGUCACACUACGGGCACUCCACAGGGAGCACUAGCUAGGUACAUUUUCCUAAAUGCAAUCACUGAAUGUUUGACUGUUGCUGUUGCGUCACCUUUGACUGAAUUUACCUGGAAACAACUGGAGACGUUGGCAGGGUGUAAACCCUUUUGUGAGAGUCUUGCAUGCCCGCAGUGGUUAUUUAAUUUCUUAGGGGUUUUUGCCACUAAGGUCAAGGCUCGAUGAACCAUGGAUGAGUGUUGAAUUAGUUUUGCUACAUUUGGGAUUAGCAUUGGAAAUAAAGCGGCUGACAUUCCCCAUGCCCAGUUUUGUACCAUUUUAGCUUGAUCCAUAACCAGAGGAGUACAGGACCACGACUGCCAAUACAAAGCUUAAAAACUGUUUUAAUCCAUCUAGUAGAUACGUAUCAUUUACUCCACUUAUACACAGUAGUGUGUAUACAUGCCAAUACUCCAUAUAUAGAGCACUGAGAAUACCCACCAUUGCUUCACAUAUACAAUGCAGUGAGUAUGUGUACUCCACAUAUACAGAGCAGGGCGUAUACAUGCCAUUACUCCACAUAUACGGAGCAGGGCGUAUACAUGCCAUUACUCCACAUAUAUGGAGCAAUGAGGAUACUCACCAUUACUACUCCACGUACACAGAGCAGUGAAUAUACACACCAUUAUUACUUUAUUCAAAGAUGGGUAGUGAUAAGAGAGCUUUAUAAAUGUCUUGUACUUGGAUUGAGGAGGCAGGAGAAGAACAGAUCAUCAAACGGUGGUCUCCGUUCCAUCAUCAUCAUCAUCAUAUCAUUAGAUACAUAUACAUAUAAAUGUAUACAGGCACAUAUCAAUGUUUGUGUAUGCAUGACAUUAUUAGCUGACACUUAAUAAAAAAUUAAAAACAAAAUCACAAUUUCUCUUUUUCUUUUUUCUGUCUUCAGCUGAAAAGUCUUUCUGGAACUCCAGAGAAAGGAGCCACCAAGAUAAGUGUAAGUAAUAAAUGCGGCUGCAUUACCUGUGAUUGAGGGUGGUAUAAGGUGUUGCUGGUUAAGUAACUUGUGCUGCAAUUAAAAAAAUAUAUCAGAAAUGUCUGGGGUAGAGAGGACUUACUAGUUUUUUUUUUUUUAAAACUCCAUUAACGACGAGAGUCAGGAGCAACACAAGUAGAAUGGACUUCUAUUAUUUGCUUGCAUUGCCUGUUCCAUGAAUGAGGGGUUCGUAGACAUAAAUGUGGCAUGGAAGUGAGCAGGGUUCCGAGUUCUAAGUGUAGCUUCUCGAGGGAACUAACAAAUGCACUUUGCCAUUGAGCCAGUUGGAUCCUCGUCCACAUGCCCAGGUCUUAAUAGUCUACAAGGAACUGAUCUUGUAAAUGCCUAGAUCUCGACCUGUACAAGGGCAAGAAAAUUGAUCUAAAGACCAUUCUGCUAGUGAGUAACGCAAGCAAGGCCAUCUGAUUAUUUCUUAUUUUUGGUCUGGAGAGGUUGAGAAAAAAUAAAUAAAGGGUGGUGGAAAGAACAGUUGGGAGGGAGGUGAGGUAGAUAUAUAUUUCUUACACCAGACUAUUAUUCUUCGUAAAUUCCUUUCUGUGGUUGCCCAACCAUUUGAAGUUGUAUUUUAAAUCAAUAUUAAAUGAUUGCUAUAGUCAUUAUACUCCUUAACACACACACCAAGCUUGUUGAUUUCAUUUACUCUAGAAAACAUAAAUAAGGGGAUGGAUUAGGAGGUGUGGAACGAGAAAUUAGACAUGAAUCUGAUUUACACUCUUGUCCUUCUGACCCAGGAAAGCUUUACACUUAACCGAAUGGAAAAUACCAAGAGACGAUCAAUUUGGAAGGAAAGCUAAUUAGUAGGAGCAACUGUUUCAAUUGAUCUUGUUCAGUAGACAAGAAGUGAUAAUUCUUCGAGUCAAAAAAUGAGGAAACAUAUACAUAUAUAUAUAUAUGUAUAAAAAUAAUUGUACUAACAUUAAAAGGAAUGUCCAUCAAGUAAAUUAUUUGGCAAACUGUACCGUAAUAUGGUGCAUAGCGACCAGCGUUUUGUAAUUUAUGCACUAUUAUCACAAAGUAAGAUACCCUUAGAAUGAUAUUUCUAAUAUAACAGAACUCUUUUAGUAGACUCUUCCAUCUCAUUUUAAUAGACCAGUUUAAAUCCAUAGCAUGCAAGAAGUGCAAAAUAGCUGACUUAUUCAAUAAAAUGUUGAACUGAAAAUAAUGCUGGCUUGGGAACUUUCCCAUUACUUGACCUAAAAUUGGUAAAUCAUUUUGAAUUUCUAGCUGUUCACAUUUAGGGAAUAACUUUGCAUUACUGUAAGAGCACGGUAGGAGAUCAUACCUCUGUUUAAUUAAAGAGUCGUAUAUAACGUGUCUCCAGAAGAAACUAUAAUCAGUAGCAAUGUGUAGUUUGGUUUUUUAGGUACGUAGAUCAAAAGUAUUUACUAAGCACCUCUUUAUUAUUUUGCUUCCAGAAACAUGCAGGGGCCUAUCCAUUAAACAGCUAAUUGAAAGCCAAAUUUGCAAAAUGCACAAUAAAAUAGAGAGAACAAUUAGCUUAUCUUUUCUUUUUGGACUGGGUAUUUAUGACUGCUUAUGUUCUCGUCAUAUGUUUGAAAGAUAAAUGUUUAUAUCAUACCAGCUGUUAUGAGAAAAUCACAUAUUGAAAGCAGGACUUUAAAAAAGAAAUAAAAAAAAAUUAAAAUGUUGCAUUGCCCCAAUAGUGAUAUAUUGCAUGACAGUCUAAGGUUAAUCCAUUCUUCUCAUACCCGUUAUCAAAGUAUUACAUGAAUGUAGGGUUUCUCCAAUCUGAUCCUUGAAUUUACUCUCGCCAGCCAACAUGUAGAUUACAAGGGUCGCACCAGUCCUCAGCAAUGCCCUACCUCCUGCUGUUAGACUGCCUCCUACUCCAUUGAAAACACAACUCUUUAGGAAAGCUUACCAUCUUCCUGAGUGACGCUUCUCAUAUGACAAUCUUUCCACAUUUCAUCGAUGUCCAUAGUCCAUUUGUUUCCCUUCUGCCACACAUCGAUACACCAGUUUUACUAAUUUUGACACAGACAUCCUAUCCAUUAAUCCCUCCUCUUCUCUUAUAUGUUGGUCUUCUUUUUGUAUUCCAUUACCCCUAGUUCCUAGAUUGUAAGCUCAUCUUAGCAAGGCAUUCUUCACCUUUUGUCUGUAUCAAUAUAAUUUUGUAUGUCAAUACUUGUCAAAUAUCCCCGCUAUUAGAAUUGUAAAUUGUUGGCGCUAUAUAAAGGCUAACAAUAACUGCUACCAAACUGUGAGCAUUGGCUAUACUGCAGAGCGGAAUUCCUCAUGCUGGUUGGCUGGGGUUAAAUACUCCCAAUUCUAAAUUAUUCUGAAGAUAUUGAUAAAACUAGGAUGGCUGGUGAUGCAUUUAGAACUGGUUAGAGACGAAUAGAUCAUUUUUAAUUCUACAACCACACAUUAAACAAGGUUUGGUUACAGAUCGCUGUUAAGUGCCUCAACCAAUAUUUGAUUUAGGUUUGAGAUAUUUUGGGAUGUAUUCACUAAAGCAAGUCUUAAAGAAGAACCUCCCCUCCCCCCCACUAAGUUGGAAUAACUAAUAAUUUGUUUAAGUCAAUUCUAGUCUAUAUUAACCCUUCAUUCUCUGUGCAGGUGGUGAAGGUUUUCGGCAGCAAUAUUUCACACAAGCUGCGCCUGUCCAAUGUGAAGAUCGCUGAUGAGGGGACGUACGAGUGCCGCGUGCUGGAUUACAGUGAUGGGAAAGGGCGCCAGCAUCGGGUGAAGGCAUUCCUGCGUGUGGAGGCAGAGCUGGGCCGCCGCAACGGAGGGUCUCACCGCAUGCAGGAUACCAGCCCCCACCGUCACUUCCCAGGCAAGGAGCUGAAGAAGCGAUCAGUGGUGCCCUGUGAUCAAUGCCAGCUGUAGACUGCCACUGGAUUUCUCCAGCCCCACACCUCCCAAUGUACAGGAGUGCAUGAAAGGGAUCCACCUUUCCCCAUCUCAACGUCCCAGGUUAAAACCUUCCCACCUCCCAGCAGGGUGGUGAAUGGAACUCUGUGACUUUAAAAGACUCAUGUGUGAGUUAACCCUUUUGUUGUUGAGGAGCAUUAAAGAUGCCCUGACAGACUGGUAUUGAUACAGACAAAUGAAAGGGGCUCAAUGUGCCCAUUUUCUGUCACUCAUACUUGGAACCAACUACAUCUUCUUCCAAUUCACUGGUCACACUGCAGCAGCUGCAGUUACUAAAAGGGUCAAACACUAAUUUCAAAGACUGUGCACUUUCACACUAAUUCCCCCCAUUACUCUUGCAAACAAUAUGUAUUCUGCUCAUAUGUUCUUCCUGACGCAAGGAAUUAUGGGAAGUGUAGUCAUUUACUUAGCUUUGUACAGGACUGCAGCUCUUAUAAUGCCUGUGGGAAAAACAUUUAUACAUAAAAAAAAAAAAACAUAUUUGACUGUGGCCACACUGACAUCCACAAACUAAAACAAAAUUCUUUGAGAUGCUUUGGCCUAGACCAAGAAAGUAAACAAGACAUAAGAGUUUAUUAAUUUCCCUCAAAUAUUGGCCUCCCCAUCACAAAUUUGAAGUGUCAUCCUCCAUUUUUAGAGGGCCAGAGCCUCACUAGAUUUUUACCUGUGGUGACAUGACAUCACUACUCACCAGUUAAUAUAUAUUAAUUUAAAAAGUUGAAUUAUUAUGAUUCUAUGGCAUAAGGUUUGAUAUUCCAACUAUAAUGCCAGUGCAGUGAGCCUAAAUUAAGUCCCCAAGUAUCAAGCAAUGGUCCAGGAGUUCAGUGUUAACCAAAUUUGAUUCCAAUAGGUUAAAAAAAGAACCUGAAACAGGCCAUAGCUGGCUCAUAAAGACCACCGCACUAAUAUGUCUGGCAUACUUUUCCCAUAAUCCUAUUGGCGGGCACAGAAUGUUAUAAAUUGAAAUUCAGCAGCUGAAUGGCUGUGGGUUAAAGGUUAAUGGAGGAGAUUUUGCAGGGUUUGUGCAAUAAACAUUGAAUGUAGCAAUUUAGAAUUUUGGCUUAAAAAGCAGAUGUGAAGAAUGGCACUAUGUAAAUGAGCCAGUCUCUCUUAUCUUGCAGUUUUUUUUUUACCCAAACAAAAAUAAAUGAUUCCCUGGAGUUUAGUAAUAAUAUUGUUGUGGAAAGCAAACGUAUUGUUUCUCCACAUUUUCAUCCAGCCCUUUUCUGUCACAGUAGCACUCUACCAGACACACUCUGGGUAAAUUUUAAUAGUUGGAGUGGUGAUCUCACGAUGUAUCGCACACUCACAGCGUUAAAGAUACAUGUUCCCCAUUUGAUCUCGUGAACUUUUAUUAAUACUAACUUCUUGUACAGCCAGGCUGGUGAGCAAAAUAUCUGCUUCUUAAAAGCCCAACAUCAUGUGCAAAAAUGUGUAAAAAAAUAAAAUAAACAACAAAACAACAAACUAUAAGUUGAUAGUAGAACUGCAAACAAACGUAUGGAUCGAGAGGAGAACGAACAUUCUCGUAUGCAAAUACGCUUCUACAGUAGUGAAUGGUUAAUUUACAUUCUAUUCUAUAUCAUGCCACAGGGUUAUAGAAAACCCAUUUUUUUUUUUUUAAAUCCAUCUUUCCUCGUGAUCUCUAAAAUUUGUUUGUGAUUCUAGUAGAUGAAUGUAUAGAUUAUAUUCUGUUCUUCAUAGCUGUCCCAAAUUGGCUUUUGGUAACAAAUUCCAUGUAAAGGGGGUUACAUGUUUGACUGUGUAUAGUAUAUAGUAAUAUUUGCUACACUUGCUAAUUGCGAUGUAUAUGCUGCUGCUAAUUACAGCUAUGGCUGAGUUGGGUGACAUGGACUAUGUGGUGAUAUCCGUUUGCUGCCAAAAUAUCUAUUUAGUUUGAUUGGUUUACACACACGGUAAGCCCCUAGAUGCCUUAUUGUUUAGGGGAGACCAUUCCUCUAAUCGACAAAGGACUAUGGUUCUAUUAUCUUGCUGUCACAUUCCCUCCGGGGCACUGCAAUUCUUUCUGGAUGUAAAUAAAGUUAAUGGAUCACCCUAGACCGGAUGGUGGAAUCUAUUUAUGUGCCGAGAUAUGCGGGGCUGUCUGCUGGGUAUAACUGGGAAACAGCGGGAGGUUAACAUAUGUGCUUCAGAAUCACAUCACAUCUACAGCAUUUUUAUUUCACCUGAAAAGUGCACUUAAAUACUUCAAAAUAUAUACAUAGAUCCUCGACACUACAUGCUUCGGGUUGCAGUUCUGAGGUUCCAGGUAUCCCCUGUGCUUAAUCCUCUCCCACAGGGAGGUAUAUGGGUACAAACGCUCAUUUUGAAACAUCCAGUUGCACAAUACAAAGUAUUAAGCUUGCAGAAUUCACAUCACCUGCCUGCAGGUGGGAAGAGCUGGGCUGGUGAAGGGCUCUGGUCCGAACUACUGCAUGAAUUAGGAAAAUGUGUUAACGGCGAUCAGUAGGCUUCAGCCUCGGGUCAGUGCAGCUUCUGCAAGAUUUUGCUAACAUUUUGCGUAUAUUCAUCAUGGGGCCUGGCAGUCCACUGCAGCGGCUUGAGGGAAGAGUGGGGUAGUGGAGGAGGGCUCUGCCACUUACACAGGUACAGCCAAAUUAUGUCAGGGUCAAUCUCUACCAAAGUGAAGAAAGUGCU